CAGCAACGUUCAACUACAGAAAUUUUCAUUAUUUAUAAGUACACUCACAUAGAAAAUGUGAUGAGGGGUGAUGGCCCAGACUGUAGGAGAGUGCACAUUGUAGUAAAACACGAGUGUCUUGCAUGUUGCUGAUAUGCUCCUCUUGAAAAUAUUACAACAACACAUUAAAAUAUUUAUGAAAUUGUGGCCAUGCCUUUACUUUUACAUGUACACUGCCGCUGUACUGACGGUAGCUGCCAGCUUUGCUAGUUUCUUAGUCCGUUUUAAUGACUGAUCUGCAAAUAUGCAGGUUGCCUUAAAAAAACAAGAAAAGACAAAUCAGUCUCAAAACAGCCAAAAUGGAAAGCCUGAAUGGCAAGUGAGAAAAAAAUAAAUGAUGUAAAGCUGUUUUUAAAAUUCUCUAUUUAUGCCUAAAGAAAAUUUAGGAUCAGUUUUCAAUCUUCUUAGAAAUAACUUGUAACAAAACAUAAAGUAAGGUAAAUAAUUAAAUAAAUGAAACAAUUAGCUUGGGCUUUUGUUGUUAAUCAUAUUCCCACAAUAAACUUAAAGGUUUAACUGCAUAUUUACCUUUCACUUUGUUAACAGACUUUGGUGAAGGGAAGAAAGUGUUUCAGAAAACAUACAUUGAAAAAAAAAGAGAUCAGAGAGUUCAGUGUCACCACAGAAUACACAGUUCAAAACCGUUCACCGGAUGGAUGCACACCAUUUAAAGUUUUAAAGUGUUUUUUUUUUUUGUUUGUUUUAGGAUAUAUAGAAAGUUCUUAGUAAUUAGAUUGUAAAGAAUAUAUAUAACAUCUUUCGAGAAGAUUUGUUCAGUAGAGUUUCAAACUGACAAUAAGUGGUGUGUGACAUUAGCAAACACCUUUCACUUGAAGUUCGGCCACACUUCGAAAUACUACAUAUAAUUAUUCUGAAAUUUGGCAAUACUUUUUUUCCCUGAAACGGCUCGGUAAAUUGUGAUUUACUUGGCCAAUUAGGAAUGUAUUAUUUGAUUUUAUUAUGCAUGCAUUUACUUUAUUUUAAUGUAACUGCUGCCCUGUCUUCUGUUGACUAUGUACGGUACUUACUAUUGUCUUACACUGUCUUAUUGAGUGGGAAAAAGUUCGACUGUAUGUUAUUGUGUGGAUCUAUCGGCACAUUCAAUUGAUUUCGAAAUAAAUAAAAGGAAGACAAAUAUUGCUUGCAUUAUUUCUCUCUCUCAAGUAAGUCGAGUUUGAAAAUGUCUUUAUAAGUUUAUAUCCGCACAUAUACAAUAUAAAUAUCUUAUAUAGAAGUGCGUUUUAUUUCUGUCGAAAGUGCGGAUGAGGUAACGGUGCUGCAUUUACUUCCUUUCCAACAUGGCGGCCGACGGGACACAGAACUCUGUUUUUAGCUAACACCACGGAAUAUCGUAGCAUUUGGACCAUUAUCGUGCAGUUUCUUCGCCAAAAAUCACGAGUUCUGCCGUCAUUAGUACGUUUCCCUUAUACAUUUACUGUUUUUGCGAACAACUGUGAGAUGUAUCGUCGUGGAGCGGCAAAGAAAGACCACAACAAAAAAGCUGUGAAGAAGGAUGUGAGUGACGGGGAUAAAUACUCCGACCUUUUGGUGUUCGGAUAUGCCUGUAAACUGUUCCGGGAGGACGACAGAGCUCUUUACCACGAACGUGGAAAACAUCUUAUCCCAUGGAUGGGGGACAAGAGCAUCAUGAUUGAUAGGUCGGUUGAACAAACUUAGACUGAAACAUUAUGCUAACCUGUGUCAAAAUUCAAGGGACCUCAUGGAGUUUGUCUUGCAGAACCUUGGAAAUAACUGCAGCAGACAAAUGUGCUCUUUCUUGCAUGUUUAAAUGUUAAUGGAUGUCUUGAAACGGCCAAUAAUGGUUUAAAAGUUUCUAUGAACACACGCUAAGAUACAAUUCCCUGCCUCUCUGCUAACAUCAGCCAUGUUCUUUAGACAACACUGAGCAAAAAGUCAGCAAUAAAGAGGGUACACAGUUAAAUCUGUGACAGCCAAAUACAACAUCACCAAAUAAGAGGGUGAAGACGGUUAUUUUAAACCACUGUGAGGAUUUUUAAGGUGGUUUUGUAUUAUGUACAGCAACAGCAAACAUGAUUAUUAGCUGCAGGAUUUUCAGGUUUCUAAAUACAGUCAGGUAAAACAGAGCUUUUUUUAUGUUUUCCAAAGCAAGUAUCAUCAAUGAAUGACUAAUAGGAUUGUGGAAAGAAAGCACUUUAAUCAUCACAAACCUGAACUCCCUGGCAGGAGCUUCACAACCACUUGAAAAACAUAUCAAGGACAAGAAAUCGUGACCUGCAGAGGCGUUGUAUUUGGCUGCAUUAGCUCAGGCUGUGUACCUCCCUCGCUCACUCUUGGGCAAAUUUAAGAGAAAAACUACUAAAUAUACUAAAUCCAUAGACUGUCAGACUGCACAUGUUGGCUUUAAGGUGGGUUUUGCAUCUUGGCAUGUUGAAAGAAUUUCCUCUGGAAACCCUUUCCAUGUCCAUAGUCAAUUAAAGGGAAUCGAAUGUGGAUAUGACUCAAUGCAUUUUUCAUUUCUUCACUGAAGUUUUGGUUAAGAUAAUGUUUAUUUGCACAAAACAAAUGACCUCAGAAUUUGUGGUGCUUCGCUGAUAUCCACAAUGCCAGAGCAAAUUCUAAAGACCAAGUCACUGCAGCUAGGUGAUUCAAAUGAUCACAUUACCAAUGGAAAAAAAAAGAUCUCUUUUACCUGCAGAAAAAAAUAUAUAUAUUUGGAGAAACAAUCACAAGUGUUGCUGGAGUUGCUGGUUUUAAAUGCAACUCCGUGUCUCCAUGACUUCUACCUUAAAUUCAAUCUUUAUUCUUUUGAAUCUUCUUGUUCUGCAGUGGCCCAACUUGUGAUUCAUUUGUACAGCCUAUGUAUGUGUGUCUUUAUCACAUGACCCAGUUUUUUCCCCAGCAAGGUAGGCAAAGGGGUCCUGCCAAACCCCGAAUGCCAACCACAGCACCCCAUUUCUUUGUCUUCAUGAAGAAACUGCAACUGAGAGGUGGCGUAGAGGGACGAACCCUGGGAAAUGUCGUCCAUUUGGGUUCUUACGGAUAGGUAUUUAUGUACCCGGGUUUGUGUGAAUGUAACUUUCUUUACAGAUUUAGACAUAAUUGAUGAGUUACAGGGGGGAUAUGAACCCUGUAAGGUAAGAGACCAGUUGCUUCGUUUUUCCUUUUUUUUAUUAUAAGGUUUUCGGUUCCUUCCAUAGAAGAAAUAACAGCAGAAAGCUUGUUAGGCUUCUUAACAGCACCAGUGACAAAUAAACCAAAGGUCUUAGUGAUUUAUUCUGAUGACAGUAUAUUUACAGAUUUUCAAAAUUUAUGGUAUUUUACAAGAGUACUUCCUCUUGACAGGCAUUGAGAGGUAAAGCUUUGUUGUUUUUGUAAAUUUUGGGUUUUAGGUCCCCUUUCUUUGGUAAGUAGGUCGAUGUAGUGUUUAUAAAACUUUGUCCACUCCCUUCUCUCUAAUCCUGCUUAUCAUUCAACAGAUACGAUGGGCGUGGUCACUUACAUGACCUUUCUGAGUAUGACAGUGGGUCAUGGAAUACAUCCUACCAGUUGUCAGAGGAAGAGGACAGGAUUGAGGCGCUCUGCGAUGAGGAGAGGUACCUGGCUCUGCACACCGACCUGCUAGAAGAGGAAGCCAGACAAGGUGGGCAGUCUGAUAACGAUUACAUUAUUGCAAAAAUGCAUUUAUUUCCACAAUGUGUCAGUACAACAACCUCAUCAGUGAACAUGUCACAAAGUUGUAUUUAGCCAAAAAGCAUUCCAGAGUAAAUAGUAAAUAAAAAAACAAUGUCAAGGGUCCAAAAUGGCACAUUAAUUAAGUAAUUUUGUCUGCUCUAGUUAGUAAUAAAGAACAUCUGAUCUGACAACUCUCACCACUGCCAUUGAGUUACUCCCCAGCAUUGCCAUCACAACAAUGGUCUCCACUCUCUGUUGACCUCUCUUGCCCCCGUAAAAUAUCCAGACUGUGUCAUUCACCCAUUCUGCACCUUGGUUUACACCCCAACUCCACCUUCUCAAAGCUAAAGGACGACAACUAGAAUGACUCUACAAUAAAACCAGUAUAACUGUUCAAGGACAUGUAUCACCUCCACAUCCUCUACUACAAGGACUCAAUCCACACAGCCAAAUCCCAACAUUAUGCAGGUCUCAUCAGCCCUGGUGAUGGCAACACUUGGACUCUGUUUUUAUUAACAUCUCCCUUCCAUCACUGGACUAUUUCCCCCACAUUUCUACUCUUUGUGACAAUUAAAUGCAGUGACGAACUUCUUCAUGAACUGAAAAAAUAGGCAAUAUCCACCGUCAACUGGCCUCUCACAUCUCCUACAAUUCUUUCCUCCUGUUUCCCAAACUCCCUCCUCUCAUUCACUCUCAAGUUUCCAGCUCCCCUUCUGCUGCUGCAAUAACUGAACUCAUCAGAAAACCUAAAUCAUCCACCUGUCAACUCGACCCCCUCCCGACACCUCUCAUCAAAGCCUGUCUCCACUCCUUGUCAUCUCUCAUCACCACCAUUACCCACUCCUCCCUCUCCUCUGUUUCAGUCACAUCACCUCUCAAAUCUGCUGCAGUAACACAGAUUCAGAAGAAACCUGGCUCAGACCCCAACAAUUUAAAUCAACUUUGUCCUUUUUCCAAUUUGCAAUUCCUCUCUGAAAUCCUGGGAAAUAAACUGUUGCGUCUCAAAAUCUGCUCUCACCUCUCCAGCAAUAACCUUUGUGAAAAGUUGCAGUCAGGCUUCCAUCCCCAUCACAGCCCAAAAACAGCACAACUCAAAAUCACCAACGACCUUUAAAUGACAGCCGACCCUGGACUCUUAUCCAUUCUUAUGCUCCUCGACCUGACUGCAGCUCUCAGUACCAUCUCCCAUUCCGUCCUUAUCCAUCCUGGCAUCCAUUGGCUUAUCUGGAAUCCCACUUGACUGGUCCAAAUCAUUUCUCUCUAACCGUUCUCAGUUCAUUCACUUAAAAACAUUUACAUCCCAGCCAUCUCCCAUCUCCUUAGGUGUCCCACAGGGUUCUGUCCUCGGUCCCAUCUUCUUUAUCUUCUAUCUCCUCCCCCUCAGCCACAUUUCCAUAAAUAUAGCUUUCAGUUUCAUUGUUAUGCAGACAACAAACACCUAGCUCUACCUUUCUGCCAAACAGGCAUACUCACCCAGACUCUCAAUCAGCAGAUCUCCCCUCUUUUUAAAACUGGUAAAUCUUUUAACUUUUUUUUUUCACUUUCUUUUUAUAUGUGUCUUGUACGGUGUCCUUCGGUGUUUUGAAAGACACCUUUAAAUAAAACUCAUUAUUGUUUUUAUUAUAAUUAUGAUAAUUUAUUAAUGAUAAAAAAACACACUUCAGCAGGCCAGUGGAGGGUGAACGUAUCGUGAAUAGAAAACUUAUUCAUUAAUUGUGAUAUCAAUCAAAGAUAAUCAGCAGCUAGACAGAAAACAUGUUGAAUACGGGCCCUCCAGGUGCCAGGGUGACAGUUUAUCCUCUCCUCUUGCUAGUAUGCAGUCACCAUCUUUCCUACACAGAAGAUGAGAUCUGGCGUUGUGUUGUUUCAUUCCUUUAAAAUCAACCGUGAAUGUCAAACAGUUGUGGCUAUUUGGAAGUAAAUAAAUCAGGUGUCUCAGUAAGCUGUUUUGAUACACUACUUAUUCAUCGGGUCUCUUUAAUCCCACUGCAAAUUUUGGCCAGUGAUAUCUGUAUCUGCUGGAUAACCGCGUGUGAACUGUCAAAGCUGGUACAGGCUGAUCCAGGACCAGUGUGUGGUGAAAAACAUACUUCGAUGGGAAAUGGCUGUCAGCCAUUAAAGCUAAGAAGUGCAUUUGUUCACUGAUACAAAAUACACUUGAGUAAAUGUUUCUUAAUUAAAUGACUUUGUUAGUGGCUUUAACUUUACACACUCAUACAUAGCCUCACUUCUGUUUACUUCUCCAAACAGUGUCUGUGCUGAUUAUAAGCUCCUGCAUUUAACACAGUGUAUUAAAGUGGAUCUACACUGAGUGGCUGACUGAUAUUAAAGUAAUGAUUGUUUUCAUGUCUUGAUUAAGUUAUUGUCUUUCACACUAAAUGCCACUCUCUCUUCGACAAUAGAGUUAUCCUAAUGGAAAUUCUGUUGGCUCAUCAGUCAUUAGUCAUUACCAACUUUUAUCUUAUCAUUUAUGAUUUAAAGGGGUAAUGAGCCACAACAAAGCCCUGACCGACUGUAAACACAUUUAAUUUGUUUUAAACAAGACACUGGAUAACUAUGCACUUCUGUGGUGGCUGUGCAACCUGAAGCACAACGACUACUGAUUCAAAAGUCUACAAAUAAACAAAUGGAAUAGAAAUAAUGUCGGGAGGAAAUGCGACCCGAAUGCAAGGAUGCAGUCCCCGUUUUAACAGUCUUUGCUCCAACUCUUCACCUCUCAUGACCUCUGAAUAAAUUUUCAGUAUAAUUGAAACAGGAGGAAUGACUUCUGGUCACUAUGAGCCUUCAGGUUUGUUCAGCUGCUGUGAGAUAUUUGUGUUGGUCGCUCACGUAUGAUGGUAAACAUGAGCAGAUGUGGCUGCUUUCUACUGGUAAAAUGUUUUGACCCUUACAAAUUGCUUGACACCUGUUUCAUCUGUUACUGAUGUCUCAUUACACUUAGUAAUUGAAAGUCUCAGAUCAUCAUUUUAGUGUCUUGUCAGUGUUGCUGGUAAAGAACUGAAGUGUUUUCGUUCUUCCUGGGCCCAGUGUUUCAGACCCUUGUCUUCUUUUCACACAUCUACGCCCACGGACGAACACUAAUAUGACGAGCCUGUCUGUAGAAACUGUGAAGUAGCAAAUCUCACAUUUUCCACAUACUUUGGACAGGGUUUCCUUCUGAGUUUUUUAUUUUUCAGGACAAAAUCUCCCACACAUUUGUCAUGUUCAGCCUUUCUGCCUCAUUAAGAAGGACCGGGUCUGACUCUGAGCUCACAAGCAGCCAUUUCUAUGGAAAUCACUUCAGACUCUGCGAUAGUUGCAUCUCCGUCCUUUAGCCAUUAUAGCGAAACAGGCUGUUUUGAUGACAAAGCACCCUUCUGAAAGACAGACUUGAUGACUGUAAUUGAAUUAAUACGCCACAAUUUUAAGUGAAGUAUGGUGUCUUAUGCCCAAACUGACAUUACAGAAUGAGUCAGCUAAUGAUUUGUGUCACACACUCACGCACACACUCACUGCAGAAGGUUCAUCCCCCGGGCUGCUUUGCCCUUGAAUUCGGAGGCCUGACCCCAUUCACUCAAGCUAUUACCCAUCUGUCCACUGAAAGGACAGCAGCAGAACAUUAGAAAUAUUGAUAGUUUUAGUGGGAAUUUUGCCCUUGCCUCUUUAUUAAAGAUAUAGUUGGCCAUGAAUUUUAAUGGGAAUGCGGUUGGUGUCUGGUAUGGAGCAAACACACACAUUGGUGUCGUCAGCAGUGUGACUUUUGUAUGGAUCAGUGUGCUUGUAGAAGGGAAUGACAUGUUUACAAUAGACUCACAUACAUUCUUAGAAUAUUCCCAAAAGGUUUAAUCAUGUGACCUGUCUUAUAAAUGUCUAAAAAAAUCCUUUUUAAACUAGUGGUAUACAAUGAAAGUGUUGAUAAACAUUUUUAAAGAUUAUUUAAACUAUGACUGUUAUCAAUAUGCAAUAACCAGAAAAUGUAACAAUACUGAAAGGGCUGAAAUAGACGAAGUUAAUGUGGGAGGGGGUGAGAAGCUUGUGGAGUAGUUAUCGUCCAUUUAUCGUUAUCAAGGUGAAAUGCUCAAUAUAUUGUGAUAUUGAUUUCAGGCCAUAUCGACCAGCCCUAAGUGAGAUACAAGAAUCGUGUUCUAAUCGUCUGCAUAUUUUCCGAAGAGACUUUGUUUUGACAAGUUUGCAGGAUAAGUGAAGGCAUUAGUGUGUCCUUUUGAAGCAGAAGCUUGAAAUUCUUUUUUUUCAGCAACACUAUAAAACAGACUGAUUAAAUGAAUAUCUGAAUACAGCAAACAGACUUGGAUGUACACUAAAACUCCUUUUAUACUAAAUACUCUCUGAUGCAUUACAGGGUAAUUGGUUCGCUGAGAGAAUGUGGUCCAACUUUGAUUAAGAACCCUGAAUUUAAAGCUACACAGCGCAUGUAGACAGGUGGGAUUUGAGCGCUGGCAUGUAAAUGAAAAAAUCGACAGAGAGCAAACAGAGCCUUUUAAAGAAUUCUCCUCCAGUACUGACUUUGUUCCAAUGUAUGUGUUUUUCUUCUUUCUGCAGAGGAGGAGUACAAACGUCUGAGUGAAGCUCUGGCUGAUGAAGGCUCCUACAAUGCAGUGGCCUUCAAGUACAGCGCGGACUACUAUGAUCCCUCUCAGCCAACUGAGGAGGAGGAUGCCAAUAAGGAACAUGGUAAGAGGCUGCGUUAUUCUCAAACUCACUGAAGAUUGACCUUGGGUAAAAGUUAGUUUUUUGGUCAGUCAGACAUGCAUGCACUUAAAACUAGAAGUGAUAUCAGUGGUAGAGCAACAGAUAGAAACCUUCAUAACGAUGCCAAAAAUGAAUUAAUCUACUAGUCUAAUCCUCUUGUGUUUCCAGUUGGCUGCCAGAGUUUUUCAGAGUAUCUGGUUAUUUCGAGAAAUCAGAUCAUAGGCUCUUUGAAAUACCUCUUCCUUCAUUGACAUGCUUCUGGAGGAAUUGGUUCUUUUGUCUAACUUUUUAGGUGUUUUCGAGUUUUCAGCCGCAGCAGUCUGCUGCGAAGCACGCAGCAGCUCUGUCUGAUCUAUUUUCUCAUUUUUCAGCUGUUCUAAUCCAUAAGACCAUCUGCAGUUUCACAGCCACCAGCAGAUUGCUGAAGUAGAAGUUCUGCUCACAGAUCAAGCACUGAACAUGUCAAACCCAUCUGAAUGAUGCCACUACAUCAAAAGAUAUUUCACCUUUUAGCAGUGGAGUCUGUAAAUCUGAGGGUUCAACAUUUAGACUGUUAAUCAUCCGUGAACUUUGGUUGUCAUCCAUCUAGAUAUAACUUGGGACACUGUACACACACACACACACGCACACACACUCUUGCAACUUUAAAUAUUUGAUGUGGAGAUUGCUGGAAGCACUGUUGUCCCUGACAGUUGAGCAGAGUAUAUGCCUCUCUCUCGGGAGAUUGUAGAGCCGAGUCCAGAGUGUAAGUAAAUCAAAAAAAGCUAAAGAUGCUUGAACAAUUUUACCUCUGGGAAUAAGUCGACAAGGGGUCGUGUCACACAGGUUAUGGAGCUAAAUCCCUGCUCCACUUUAAAGCAUCUGGUCGUUGUUCAGAGUUUUCUUUCCAUACUGUUAAAGGAAUAUUCUGGCGUAAAUUUAAGUUAUAGUCAAACACACCAUAACACAGAGUUAUACGCCCCCUUGAGAGAUAAAUGUUGCAGACUGCUUGCCUCUCUAGUUAUACCAGCUUUAGUAAUGACCACAUGAUGGCAGUACUCAGCGGUCUACAUCUCCACGUGCAAACCUCAACCAGAAAGCCACUCUAUAGCCACAAAGCCACAGCACCUAACUUCAUCAACAGUACAUUUAGGGUCCUAACCGUAGUACUAGCCAUCAGACAUCUUUUUAGCUUUGCCUGGUUUCUUUGGCAGAGACUAAACACAACUCACCCACUUUUCCCCUCCAGCGGCCGCUUGUUUCCAGCAACAAGGACUUUUUCAAACUUGGGACCGCAUUUUGGCAGAUAGAUGCAGACAAAACAAACACAACAUAAAUAAAUCUUUGGUGAUAGUUCCAAAGGGAAAGCCAAACAUGCCUGAAGGUUAAUCGCAGAAUGAUUUAUGAUCUGUUAUCUGUGACAACUCAAGAUCUCUCCUUAACCUUGCAGGAAAACUAUUCUCUAAUAGCUACCAAACCACCCCACAAUACACCCAUUAAUUUUGUGCCAAAAAAGAGCAUUAUAUGAGCAUGCAGUGUUUCUAUUGGUUGAAUAAAAUGCACUGAUUCACCUUCACUAAAACAUCCAGGUUUACCAUAUUUCUGCCUGUUCAACACCAUGAAGUGUCCUGUUCAGCUGUCUUAGCAGUCUGCCGUCUUGUCUCGAUGUGUCAAACUGCUGAGUCAAUGUUUGGCUGUAGCUCUGAAUCCCCAGUAGUUCAACAAUAAGUAGGGAUGACACAUGACUGCUUUGAAAAACACAAAAUUUAACUCAUCUUGAUGCGUAUUUUAGUGUGUGAUCAUAAUUUGCCUAUUUUAAGCCUCUUUUACAUUUUCAGCAGUAGUCAAAUAGAAGCCAUUCAACCAUGAUAAUAAUCCUGUUACACAACCAAAGUUGAUGAUUAAGAGCUUGUCAUCUUUCAAAAUUUGGACACUAAAUUACAGUUGAGACGUGACAUAAGAUUGAGUGAGCACAUAGGCCCGGCGUGGCUGUCAGGCUCUGCUAAAAGCUGAUUUUAAAACUGUACCCGUAAUAAACCUCAUAGGACAAGCAAAGAGUCAAGCAAAAGGUGCUUUUUCUUCCCCUUAGAUGCAGUGUCUUCAAUUAAGUGGCUUGUUUCCUUCAUUACUGUGGAAAUUUCCAUCUGUACAACAUUUAAAAGGUUAAUAUAGUUUUCACCUGACCUUUACAUCCUUUAAAUGCAGAUAAAGAUAGAGGAUAAAGAGCGGAGUUUUUGAGGUGAACUAAUAUGAGGAUGAUGGAAUCGUGUGGUUUGCUCACUUUGAAAAUGUUUUUACAAACUUGAAAUAAACCCUGAGUCACUGUUCACCUGGGUCUACUGUAUAUCCAGCAGGGUAUAUUUACUUUUCUUACAAAUGACUAAGAAGCCUUGAUCUCAUUCCUCUCUGUCCUGAUAUCUCUUCUCAUGCAUAGAGGAGGCAGAGCCUGAGGAGAGCGAAGAACCAUUUGUUGCUCCCCCGGGGCUCGCUAUCCCUCCUGAUGUGGAACUUGUAAGUAUCCAGUUGAGCUACUAAUGUUUAUUUGGUUCUCUUACAUUGGAUCCCUAUUAAUUAUGUUCAGCCCAAAUAAUCAGGAAAAAGAUAAUGAAGGUAGAAUUUGUGAAAAAAAAUACAGUUUCUGUGGUCAGUCCCUCCUUUUUAUUUCUUACUUAAAAGCUGAACACAUUGUAUUUUAUGGGAACAUAUUGCAUUAACUUACCAAAAAAAGGAAACUUUUUUUUUUGAGUAAUAUUUUUAAUUUGCUGUUUUUCUGACUAUUUUUUUUCUUCUUUCUGUUUUUCUGUAUAUUUUUUCCUUCUGUUUUUUGUACUUUUUUCCCCCUCUUCUGUUUUUCGUACAAUUUUUUUUUCAUCUUUCUGGUUUUCGGACAAUUUUUUUUCCCUUUACUAAGCGAGAUACUUCAAAAUCCUGCGAGAAUCUCUCACAAUCAGAUAACUUUAACCACCAUGACUGCUCCAGUCAGCAGAUUCUCCAGCUCCUAGAUAACUUUGACUACGGGGUCAAUGAGAGUAAAGCAUGGUAUUAGUUAAACAUAGGGUAUGCAAAUCCUGAGGUGCCUGCGCAAAGUAGACAAACUUAUGACUAUUCCAUCUUUCUGACUUAAAGAAAGGAGUAUCUCCCAGUAUCUCAAACCCAAAAGACAGUGAAACUUGAUUAAACUAAACAUGUGGGCCAUGUUUGCUUCCAAUAAAUAGAUUAGAGGGAGAUAUAAUUGUCUGUUUUUAAAUGAUCAUGAGCCCAGAGAAUAGGAAAAACUAUUAGUCUGAAAAACAAAACAAAACUACAACCAAAAAUGAAAAAAAAAGAUCUGAAAAACAGGGCCUGUUUUCUUCCUCUUUUUUUUUCUAAUGAAUGCAAUACGCUUCCAUAGUAUUUCACACAUUUGUCCAAGAAUAAAAAAUUUCAACUCUUUUGAGCUCAUCCUGUCACUGAUGGUUUAAAUCCAUGAUAUUAUUAAGAUGACUCAAUGAAGCAUAUGCAAUUUAUUCUUGACAGAGCAGAUAGUGACACCAAACUCCUGGUGACUAGCCUGUUGUGUGAAGAUCUUAAAAUACCCUACGUCAAUGGAUGUGAUGCCCCGACAGUCUAAUUAUAUGACGCAUCAAAAAUAGACUAUGUCUCCAAAUAGAAGCUGUUCCUGUUUUUCCUCAUCAUGAGUUCUGACAAUUGAGUAAUGAAAUGAGCCCCUUCACUUUGACAGGCACAGGCCUUGCAAUAAAGUCUGAACAGCCAAUUUACAUACAACAACAAAGAGAUAUGGAGGCCUAGCAAACAGGAGACUUUUGGUCUACAUACAUUUUCAUGUAAAAUAUGUGAGCAGUACAAAGCUCCAACUUUUGACACUGAUGAUCACAGAUGGCCUAUAUACAGGGUUUUAUUAUUAGGCUGGCUUGUCAAAAAGGGGUGAAUAAUUGGGACAACAAUUAUUGAGAAGGGAGUUCAAGCUGAAGAGAUUGGUGUGAGGACCUGGUUUCCUGGAGUUCAGCGUGACUCACUCAAACAGUUUGAACUUUGUACACGAAGUUAAACUUUUCAGAAGACUUGAGCCUUUUUAAAUUGAAAUUCUGCACAUAGCUCUGCUGUCAUGUAGCCUGUGUACCUUUACACUGAACGCCUCUGUGGAGACCCACAGUGUGAUUUGACACAGUGUUACCAGCAUUGCUGAAGCAUGAGAGGCACAAAAUGUACACAAACAGUGCCUGCUUCACAUACACACUGACAAUAACUGAUGAGACCUUUAUUAAGUUUUUGUUAGAGGGUCAAGAUGGUACCAAAGUACUAUUGACAGGCUGUGGGGCAUUCAUAAUCUGUGAUUUCUUCCCCCCACAGUGUUUCAAUCUGUCUGUCUAAACACAAACAUUGUAUUUCUGUAACUGGUUAAAUUGAAGGACAGAGUGUUUAUUUGGUUACGCGUCUUCUACAACUGCGCUGAGGGAAUAGAUUCUUGUUGCCACUAUGCAUGUUUGUCAUUGUCACUGAUGAUUGUUUCCUGAUGUAUUUCCAUGACAAAGACCCAGCCAGAUAUGGGGGCGAUGUCAGUUAAAUACUGGACAGUUUUUGACCAUUUUUAAUGUAAAUGCUUUGUGCAAAGUCUCCACUUGUCCUAGUUCGAGAUUAUGUUAGAUAGUAUCACAGUUUUGACCGACUCGAACUCAAGAAAGAUGAAGCAGUUGAGAGCACAGUGAACGGACUGUCUAGUUGUCAGUUCAUAUGUUAUUCUUGCCCCUACAGGCAGGUCUGGUCAGGCAUAUGAGUCUGCCAUUCAUUCAUCUAUUUUGGGAGGGUGUGAUUGGUUUCACAUCAUGAAAAUUCAUCUCCCCCUGUGUGUAUGGGCUCCCUCUGGGCACUUAGAUUUCCUCCCACAGUCCAGAGGCAUCCUUAUUAGGUAACGGGUGACUCUAAAUUCCCUGUAGGUGUGGGUGUGCGUAUGUCAGGAUGUCUGUAUGUACAGUAUGGAGGCUCUAUGAUAAGCUGGUGAUCUGUCUCACUGUGUGACAGCUGGGUUUGGCUGCAGCCUCUGUGAUCCCAAACAGGAGAAGUAGUAUGGAUAAUGGAUGGAUGUAAAUUGCACUUUAAUUAAAAACCUAAGGAAUUGAAUACAUCUAUAGUGGCCAAAGAGAGUGCUUUGUGUCUUGACUUGAAAUAAGGAGGAUUCUGCUAUAUUACUUUUGUAAUCUUACAGAUCAGUAAGAACAUCACUAAAGCACCAUUAUGGUGGGAGAAGCAAAGCUAGAUAUUCCAUCUGGAGUUAGGAAAGGACUUUUGUGGUGAGGAAAUUUCCCCUGUAGUCAUUCAGGAUGGCUCAGUACUGCUCUAUGCUGUAUUAUUGGAAAGGUCUGUUUGUAAAUAAUUAGUCAUUUAUUGUUUUUUUACUUUUUUAUUAACUUUUUAAUGUUCACGUUUGUCUAAAAAGGAUUAUAAAAAACUUGUAAGUCUUUUUCUGUUUCCUCCAACAUUAUCGUUUUUGCUCUAGCUUGAAAUGUUUACAUACAUUUAAACAUUUGGUACAACCUUGAUACCAAUUACUAAAAUUGGUUGAUUGAAGGAUUAUUCUGAGAGAAAAUGUUAAAAAUAAAUGACUAAACUAUGGUGACUUUUUAUUGACCCUUAAAAAAAAAAAUGUUGAAAAUGUUGACUGACACUGGACUGAAACAAGACUUAAACUGGAUUUAUAAAAAAAAAAAAAUUACUAAAACGUGACUAAAACCCAUCAGGAUUUUGUCUUGAGACUAGAUCUAAAAUACUGUGGCUGCUCAAACUGUCACUUUUAGCAAUGGGAUGACUUUCCUGUUUUCCUCUCUUAUAUUGACAUUGGUGAUGGGACAUAACAGCCCUGCCUCCAACACGUUACCGUUUAAUCUUUAAGAGUGAGGCUUUAAACAGCAAAGUAAAACAGACUUUCAGACAUGUAGGUAAUGACUCACAUUGACAGAACAUCCCAUGAUAACAGUGCACAACAAGUAAAAGGCUGCAAAUCUUAAUAAUGCAUUGUUGUUAUUGUGUUUUUAUUGUGUGAGACUAUCUUCCCUUUUCCUGGCUACUCCUCAUCCAGAACCCUCACUCUGACCUCCUCUAGCAGUCGCUUUCUUAUGCAUGAGAGGAAAGACAAGCUUUUAUGUUGGCGAAGACUACGUGCAUCUCCAGUAUAUAUAUAUAUCAUUCAGGGGUAUAAAACAGACCCUUUCACCCAUGUGUAUAUGUACAUCGAGAACACCAUAUAGCUGCAGUACAUGGUAUGAAUAUAUUAUUACAGUGUACGUUCAGGAUUGAAAAGGAUUCUUGCCUUCUCUGACUAUAUUUCAGUGAAGUCUAUUUCUAACUGUUAUUUUUUAGGACGUCUUUUAUUGGAUUUCUUAUUUGUGAUAGGAAAUGAGAGGCAGCUUGGGGAAAGAGGAGGAUGAAAGGCACCAAUGGCAGCGAUCCUAGUUGGAUGUUUGAUAAAAAUGCACAUUUUCAUCAUUUAAAUGGUGUUUCUUGAUGUAAUAUUUAUGCUUAUUCAGAUACAAUUUAUGUAAUGCUUUUAUCAGAUGGCCAAGUGUGGUCCAAAGAUAAAGAUGGUGGCAUAGAUCCCAGACCAGAUUAGAAAAAAGCCUCUUAAUCAGUUGUACCUUAUCGAUAGGGCAAAGAUGGCUUCAGUAGCUGCGUUUACAUGGGCGCAAAUAAUCAGAAUAAAAGCCUAAUCGGAAUAAAAAUGCAUCAUGUAAACUUGUCGAUCGGAAGAUUCUGAUCCAGUUCAGCUCAAACGGAAAGAAAUUGUACUCCGAUUGGAAGGGGUGGUUCAUGCCGAUCGUUAUUCCGAAAUACGUCCAUGUAAACACUUAUUCUGAUCGUGACUCUCUAACCUGACUCGGUCUUCACUCUUUAGCCUUUGGCUUGUUUAUUGAGGCCAGUACAGGAAGUUUCAUUAUUAACACUCUGGCAUAAAACACAACCGUAACUGCUGUGUCUGCUCCUCCGAUAACAUAACAAGGCGUACAUACAGCGUAAUGAUGUCACAUCAGCACGCACAGUGCAACCUUUGACAGAGCGGUAAAUUAAGGGCGCCAUCUAGUGACAACAAGACAGGAGAAAAAUCCUGAGUUGGAUGGAGUCAGCCACUUCACAGACGUAAAUACAACUCUUUCUGCAGUUGUUUUAGUGAAAUUAGACAACUUUGCGCAUGUCAAAAUGCUUCUGAUCUGAAUAAAGCUUGGUGCAUAAUUACACACAUCAUGAUCGAUUAUUUGGUUUUGCGUACAUAUAAACAGUAUUCAGGUUAUCCGAUCCUUCAAAUUUUAAAUCGGAUCAAUAAAUUUUGCUCAUGUAAACAUGGCUAAUGUCUGUGUGCUGGCAGGGGACUGCUCUGCUACUCCAGAGUCUUUGUAGAAAGUCAACAUUUCCAAUCAAGUAUGUUUUGCUUGUGUAUCACCUCAAUGUGAAAUACCACUGCACCUCUUUUUUCCUUCUUGGAUGAGCUACUAGACUAAGUUGGGAAGGUCCUUGCAAACUUCAAACACAAGGGUCUUUUUGGUGUUGUACACUGACACUUUUUUGGCCAGUGCCUGGAAAGGUGACAUUUAUUAUGACUUGCAUCUUGACAAGAUAUAAGAGGGAUUGCCUCACUUUUCAAUGCUCCGGGUUAUGACAGUGAUUAAUCAUUGAGAGCACCCAAGGGGAACAAUAAUGAAUGAAUAAUGAACCAUUUCUUGUUUCUGUUAUUUCAACCCCGUGUGUAUUUUUAAGAAUUAAUGUCACUAAAAUGAACGCAUUAGUGCCUGAUGUUAAAAUGCUUCCGAGAUCAAAUGGCUUGUGUCCUUGGUUUGAAAGAUUCAUUCAUAAACUCUCAUCUGCAUUUCUCUAUUACGUGCAGAAGCCAAGUUCACUCUCCAACUGCUGUUUUAUUUUGCCUUGAGCUUUAAGAGUCUUUCCAAAAGCAAUAUACUCAGAUUUUCCACAUGAAAGCUUCUUUUCACAAACCAAGAAAUCAAUAAUGAACCAGAGCCUGCAUUUCAAUGUUCAGUUUUAAACACUAAUGCACAUUUCAUGCCUUUUAUUUUUGUAGCCAGCUACUAUCAAGACCCACAACAUCAUCGAGAGGACGGCCAACUUUGUGUGUCAGCAGGGGGCUCAGUUCGAAAUCGUCCUGAAAGCAAAGCAGUCUGGGAACUCCCAGUUUGACUUUCUCCGUUUUGACCAUUAUUUGAACCCUUAUUACAAACACAUCCUGCGAGCCAUGAAGGAAGGUCGAUACAACCUGGCCUCCGCUGGCAAGCAAGAGCAAGCACAGGGUGAGUUAUAGGCAGCAGCGAUUGGACCUGUGGGGGUGUCAUGUCCUCACACGAGUAUUAGAUUUGCUCAAUCAAUGAGUGUCAUGCACCAUAAUCAAUGCAGAAAUACCAGGAGCAAACACAUGAAUAAAUACAGUGAGAAGAACAAUAUAGAUUGAAGGUUUGUUUAUCCAUAUUUUAGUCCUUUCCCUGUUUUCUUCCCUUAGAUUCCCACUCGGAUGAUUCAGACGAUGAUGGCGACGGCAGUUACCUUCAUCCCAGCCUGUUUGCCCCGAAAAGGUGCUCUCGCCUGGAGGAACUGGUAAAGGUAAUAUCAACAGAGAGACCACCCAGUGUGAAGCUCAAUUAUAUUUUGAGUGUAUGUGGCAUAUCCAACUGGUAGGGGACCGCUGCUCUCCAUGUGAAUUACAUUUACACCCUGUGCCAGUGUCUGUCACUGUGUUCUCUAAUAACUGUAUUCUGCUCCCCGUCUUCAUGCUGUUUCACUUCUUUGUUGGCGCUUUCAUGUGCGGUGUCAGGACAGCCAUUAGUCUUUGGCAGAGCAGUCGCAACAGAAGACUAUCUUUUUAAAGAAACAUAAUGAGACCCUUUUAGUAACAAGCUGUCUUACAGUCGCCUCCUGUCAAGACAGAUUUUCGUUUUAAAUCAUCUCCUUUCAUUUUCCACUAAUUAUUGAUGUUUCACAGAGUUAACUCUUAAAGUCUGUAUGUCUCUCGUAAGCAGAUUACAAGACGACAUCCAGAGUAACAGUUUUAUGUUACUCCUUUUUACUUUAGAUUACUUUAUUAAAAUUAAAAGAAAGAACUUAUUCAUUGAAUAGCCAUUAUAAUGAACAUACAUUCAUAAAUACUCCUUCAUGACUAAAUCGGCAGAAGCAACACUCAUAUGCCAAAAGACAUUUAAAAAGUUGCUAUGCUUGAAGUUUUAGACUACGUUUAUAUGUGCCCGGCUAUUUUCAUAAACGGACAUUUAAGUGCACACCACUACGUUUUCAGAAAAGUUUUCGUUUGCACUAACCCGUGUUUAUAUACUGUCAGGAGCAUAUCAACCAUGUGGGUGGCAGUGUAGCAAGAAACUCAAGCCCACUUAAGCCAAUCAGAAUCCUGCAUAGCAUCAACAACAACAAUGUCCCUUCCUUCUUUCCUGCGCACAAUCUGCUGUUCGCUACCCAGAUCUCCGUUUUCCUCCGUUUUUCUCUUUUUACAUGCAAACGUGGCCAUAGUUUUAAAAAAUCAUCGUUUGGGUCCGUUUGGGUCUAAAGGAAGGGUGCAAACGAUGGUUAAUGUCUCCGAUUUUAAAAAUAACCGGGUACGUUUAAACAGAGCCUUAGUCUUACAUAGUGAAUUAUUGCCUUCUCAAUUACUUAGGCGUUCCUUUAAGGAAAACAACAUUUAUGAUAUGAUGUAUUGUUUUUCCCUCUGUGGUCUUACUAAUUUACAGCCUCUUAAAGUAAUGGACCCGGACCACCCUCUAGCAGCACUCGUACGCAAAGCCAAACAGGAAAGAAACGGCACCGCAGUAGUGGAAACCAAACCAGAGGAAGUGCCAGACCCACCUGCACCCACCACUCAAGUGCAGUACAGUGCAGACCGUGAGUAAAGCCCUUUUCUCUCUUAGAACAAAAGUCAUACGAUAUUUAUAAGAACUAUUUUUGUGUUCGUCACACGUCAGGUCUGGUGUGCCUUUCUUUUGCUCUGUCUUUACUUUUUCAUUUCCCUCGUAGUUUUUUAGCUUGCUUCUCUACCACUGAGCACACUGAUGGUUUUAUUUAUCAGAAAAAGCCUCCCUGCCUUUUGGUCCAACUGAUUUUUCCCUAAGAGUUCUGUUUACCACAAAAACCUGGCAUUUGACUUUCUCCUUGUGGACCGCUUUGUGCUUUUGGUAUUUUGUCACUGCCAGUCGCUCAAUACUGCUCCUUAAUACUUUAUGCUGACCCAAGUCUAGUAUUGAUGUGAGGGAACUUUGAACACCUUUCUGCAAAAGUAGUGUUGAAUUUGAGGUGAUCUGGGAGACACUAGUCUCCAGAAAACCAAAAGACUUAACCUUAGAAAGCUUCCAAGGCCACAUUUGACAAUCCACCUGGAUUAAAACAUCAACCUAAAAGCUCACAUUUGUGUUUCUGAAGCUGAUCAUAAAACUAAAAAAUGGUCAUUUGCUGCCUUAAAAAAGAAGCUCUUACAUUUCUAGGAAGUCUAGCAUUCUCUCCUUUAGGCUUACAUAAGCCUUAUAAACAGAAAAAAGUACCCACAUAUGAGUUCAAAGAGAGAAGAAGACCAUAACCAAGAGUAAAUAAUUAUACCAUUUAAAUGCAAUAAUUGAUGAAAAGAUUAUGAUGGAAGAUAAUGAUGGAUGAAUGAAAGCUUCUGAAUCAGGCUUUUACUAUUGCAGUUAAUGAUACAAGAUCAUAAAAUGAAUCUGUCCGGAAUGAGACAGACUUUAACACAAAGAAAAUGUGAACAACAAAUGAGUAAACAUGUUUAUAAAAUUUUUAAUAACUAGUUGUUAAAUAUUUGCAUUUAGUUUCAAUGACUUUAUCACCACCAAAUGGUUAAAAUACUAAAUGUAAAUGAUUAAAAUCCAAACUCAACAUUUCUAACCUUUUUCUCUUUCUUAGGGUGUGGUUAUGAUUCAUUUUCAAUCAUUUAACUCAAAUUGACCCACAAGGAAAGCAGGAGGUGUAUGUGAAUCUUGGGUUGGGUCAACUGUGUGAGCUGGAAAGGAAAGAUUUGUGAUACUGUGUCCUGGGACCAGAUAAGGAACCUUUCCUAUGGAAUGUGUGGGUUUCACACAGGGGAUUGUCUUGAUGCAUGCAUUCUCAACUACCCUUGCAUUGCAACAUUAAAUCUUAAAGAUACAGACCUUGAUACUCUGGGUUAUUACAGGCUGGGUUAUUACAGGCUGCUUAAAGAAAGAUUCAAAUCAAAAUGUCCUUUAAAAAUGAAUGAAAAUAACAGGAUGGAAUGAAUGAAAUAAAUCAAAAGCUUUCCCUUUAAAUAUAGAAUAAAUCCUCUGUACUGUAUGUGUUGUAUGCAAGGCCUUCUGUAUACCCACAAUGUUGUAAUCUCCACUCGCACUCUGUAUUAAUCACUGAAGUAAUUUUACCAUGUGUGCCUCUGCCCCCCUGAAAUUAGUUGCUUAAAUGAACCCCUGGUCAUUGGCCUGGCUGACCCGUGAUUAUUCACUUAUCCAUUAUUGCAAUUUAUUUGUCCCUUAGAUGGCUGUUGAGGCAGUCCUUUGACCUGCUCUCUGCUCCUCAAAUUGAGCUAUUGAUGCGGGGAAAUUGGCUGUGGAUGAGCUUGAUGUGCAUUGCCAUUGAGUAUGCAUUGUUGUCUUAAUUUGCCAACCCAUGUAGCACUGACAGCACUAUUCUAAUCUGUGGAUCCAUCUUUGUUUGGUCUCAUGUGGUGGUAAAACACAGCUUAGAUCAGGCGCUACUUCAUUACUUCUUAUGUUGGCAGUCACCCCCCAGAUCUCAAUGUGCGAAUCAUGACAUUUUUCAAACAAUACUAUAAGGUCAGCUCAGGUGACCCAAGCUAAGUUUAACAGUCAGUCCAUAAAAGAUCUCGGUAUUGUGAUCAUCAGUCACUUCGACCAACCUUUGCACUACGUUUCCUUUUUGGCCUUCCAUUUUCACAUCUCAAAUCUGUAUCACAGAUGUAACACAUCACCGCAAGUUUGGAAAUGAAAAGCCCCACUUUGGUUUUCCAUUUUCUUGUCUAGUGAAAAUUGGAUGUGUCAUCAAAGUCAACCAGCUCAGUGACUAAUGUGUUAAUCUGACACUGUCUCCACUCUGACACUGACAAUUUAUUUUCCCCUUAUCCUUGAGUUCCCUGCUCACUUUGCUGUAUUGGGAUAAACUGUGACAAAAAAGUUCAGCUUUUACAUAGAGGUCGCAUUUUGAUCAAUAUUUCUUUUCUAGCUAAUUUUAUAAUUGAUUACUGUAAAAAAAAACUAAUAAGAAAUGUCCCAACAUAGCAUUUUGAUCUAACACUAGUUACACUUUCCACUGACCCACACCAAUCUCACUACUGUCGUCUGGCAAUGAUAUAGCCUCUUGGAGUGAGGGCCAUCUUUACAGUGCUUUUGGGGUAGCCAGCAAUUAUUGAUCAAGGACCUCUGGACAUGAUUUUUAUUUCCUUACUGGACUGUUUUUUACUAUCUGACUGGCAACUUGACAAACUAGAAUGGAGCCAGGGUUGGGAAGCAGCUUAAGGAGGGAAAUGGUAGCUGCAUUUGAUUCAAUAAUUUGAUUUCUAUCACGAGAUUGCAUCAGAACAGUUUGCAUUUUGCUGUCCACAUGGAGUAUCUUUCUGUAUGCAACCAAUUCCUGCUUUUAAGGGAUGUUCCAGCGUAAAUUUAAUUCAUAGUCAAACACCCCGAAACACAGAGUGAUACACCUCCUCAUGAGAUGAAUGUUGCCAACUGCUUCCUUCUCUAGUUACACCGACUUUAGAAACAACCACACAAUAACAUUACACAGUGGUCUACAUCUCCACAUGCAAACCUCAACCAAAAAGCCACUCUACAGCCACAAAUAAUGCUCAGAACAGCACCUAACUUCAACAACGGUACUUAUAGGGUCCCAGCCAUAGCACUAGCCAUCAAACAUCUUUUUUUAGCUUUGCCUGGUUCCUUUAGCAAAGAGACCAAACACAACCCAACUACUCUCCUCCAGCAGCCGCUUGUUGGUUAGGGGAGCCCUGACGAGUCGAUCCCUUUAGUGUUAAUAGAUCACGUCUCAUACUUAAUCGUAAAAAAGCUAAGUGAAAACUGAAACACUUUGUUUACUAAAAUCUACCUCUGCACACAAAGAUUCAGCAUUUGUUUGCAGGAUCUGUAAAUAGAGAUGUAACUCUUACUUGUUUCAAUUGGAGAUGCCUGCUUGGAUUCUGUUUUUCCUUUAGGUCAGUAUCUGUCAGAGGCAUUUGAGCUCAGAUGAUACAAAAUUUGGUGUAAAAUAUUGUUGCCUAAUAAAAAGAGACAAAAAAUAGAGGCACAAGAGUUGCUGGAUUUCUUAAAGGGCUUUAUUCUGUCCUCUUCUAAUUUUCUUUACAUCCAAAUUCUUCUCACUGACUGUGUAGAAAUGUGACUUUUUUGUCAUUAGUAUUUCCAGACAUUGUCCCAACUCCUUAUGCUGACAAAAUUGUCCCUGACCUAUAAAGAGAGAGAUUGCAUUCAAAAGAGUCUAGACUGCACUUUUGCACCGUCUUGUAAUUUUAAUGAGCUGUUAUCGUUUCACUUUAACUCAGAGCAUUUGUUUAUUCAUGCUUUCCUCCCCAAAUCUCUUUAUUGAAUGCCUAUGGAGAUAUAUAUUGUUUUUUGCAGCAGUUUGUGUCCCUAUUAAGUAAAUUGUUGUCUUUUAUCAGGCAGAAUUGAUGCAUUCCCAGGGAGAGUUUCAUGUCCUAAUUUUCUCCUCAUUUCUGUGCGACAGCCAUGUAUUACGGCUACUACAUGCUCCCCGAUGGGACAUUCUGCUUGGCCCCACCUCCUCCAGGGAUAGAAGCCACCUCUUAUUAUAGCACAAUGCCCUCAGCUGUAACGGCCACACCGACAUCGUCUGGUGCUUUGCCUCAUGGAGGAGCUACAACCACAUGCGCCCCAUCUGAAAGUGUCACAGUUCCACCAGCAGCUACAGUUUCUACUCAGGUCACCAACUCUGCUGCUCCUGCAGUUGUAGCAGAAAGCAGGUAGGAAGCCGAGGAACUUCUUCUUUCAUGUCUUUGUUUUUCCUCUAAAUGGAGUUACUUAAAAUUGAAGUGGCAUUUAUCUUUAAUUCUUAGUACUCUUCAACAAAAAUUAGGCACUAUCAAAGUUGAAAGCAAUUGAAAAGAGAGCCAUGUUAAUACAAACGGAUUUGUAUAUAGCUUUGUCAAACUUUCUGUUACCACAAACUUUAAUUAGUGUUAUUUGCUUAAAAAGGGGUUUGAGAAAUUGGUCUCAUAAACGAAAGCUGUAAUUUGAACAUUCUCAACGAGAAGUUGGAACAAAGCACAACAAAACAUUUCUUUCCACCAAACAUCUUCAAUUUCCCCCCAUAAUAGUUUGAAAGCUGAACCCCAAGCUUCUACACCAGCAGCAGCAGCAGCCGCCAUCAUUCCCCCACCGCCUGACAUCCAGCCAGUCAUAGACAAGCUGGCCGAGUACGUCGCAAGGAAUGGGCUUAAGUUUGAGGCCAGUGUCCGUGCCAAGAACGAUCCACGGUAAGUGUUCUCACAAGGAAUAAAUCCAUUGCCCCUGUCAAGUCUUGGUUUAAGGAACUCUUAUCAGUAAAUUUUCCCUUCAGAUACUGCAGAGCCUCUCUUCAUCAUCCUCGGUCUCGUCUUUUAUGAGAGCUCACCUUUCAUCUCACACACUGUGUCCUCCCCUCUCUGCCUGCUAUAGGUUUGACUUUCUGCAGUCUUGGCAUCAGUACAACACCUAUUACGAGUUUAAGAAGAAUUACUUCUUGCAUAAGGAAGGAAAAGGCUUUCCAGAGGUAUUGUAAGCAUUACAUAUACUCCGUGUGCAUGUGUGUGUGUGUGUGCAGCCUUUUGGAGACACCCUGCUGCUUUGUGCUUUAGUCAACAAACCCACAUUGCCAUGCAGUUUGGAAAGGUGCUCGCAGUGACCUGUUAAUGAAUGAUAAUGGAUAGAGGAACAUAACAGCCACAGACUUAAGACAGCUGCUAGAGGACCAUGAAUGAUGAAAAGCCCCACUUUUAUGAAGCUCUUAAUUGGUUCAUAAAGUUUUGCCAACUGCUACAUGAUAAAAAAACACUGCUGUUGUGAUAAAAAAAAGCACCUUUACAGACCAAUUAGAAGGAAGGAAGGUCAUUGUGAUUAAGAAUUUAUUACUGAAGCAAAAACAUUGCAAUUACCACCCAUGUAAUAUCUAAUUGCAGAUUAUUUUAUAGAGGUCCCACAUAAAAAAAUGCUUGUUAAAAAUACAUUUAAGGUGCAAGUUGUAUUGAUUAAUCAUAAUCAGCAAAAUCUGUAAACAUAGGGAAAAAUAUCUGCGUAUGGAGCAAAAGCAGGCAGGUUGAUAUCUGCUCUCAUGACUUCCACGCUCCUUUGGGUGUUGAUAUUUUUUUUUUAUAAAUCUCUCUUAAAAGGUAUCUGUCUGUCUGCACAGCUGGAAGUCUAUUCUAUGUCAUACAUUUCAUCUCAAGCAACAAAUCAGCUUGAUGCUGUGCUGCAGAGGUCCAUUAGUGCUUAUGGUUCUUCACUCCCUGGAGUGCAUCAGAAAUGAUCAAUCAGAGCAUUUAAAAAGCGGUUUCUUGUUGUUUUCAAGACAGACCUGACAAAAGUCAAAUUUUUCUUUGAUUGAAAACACAUCAAAAAGUCGUUAUUUAAACAAAUCCAGAGCUUGAGUUACUCACAAGAGAAUCAGAAUCACAGAUUUUUUUAAAGGCUUAUACUGCCGAAUUAAACCAGAGUGAAAGCCUCUGUGUAGAUCAUUAUAUACAGGGAAACUUACAGGAAACAGAUGACCUGACACUUCUUCAGAGGAUGCAGUGAACUAAGUAAAGAUUACAUUUACCUUGUAGACAUCUAAAUGGGCAAAUGUCACUUAGCUUGUGAUCUUAACUCACAGUUUCUUUCAAUUGCUAAUAUGACAGUUUAUGAUAAAGCAAAACAACAAAGUCUUUUAGUCACAGGAGUUACAACAAAGUUGGCUACUAGCUUUAUCAUUCUCAGAUGGCAGCCAAUUGGUUUUCCACCCAAAGCACUAAAAUCACACACCAAUUUCUUAACAGACAUCAUUAGUGGACUGAUCAUUUUAUUCUGUAUGUAUCUCAGUAUAAUGCUCUGUUUAAUGCUAGGAGAUGCUUGGUAUGUGGAGGUAAGUGUUCAGUGAUGUUCAUGUUAAUUCUUCCAUUUAGGAGGUGACCUUCACACUUAGAGGAAACAGGUUCCUCUCAUUUGUCUCCUGUCAUCAGCCUCACCUCUCCACACCUGUAUGCAGUUCUGUUUAAUAGAAUUGCAGUCGAGGUUUUAGAUAUGGGAGAAAGGUGGUCGAAGCAUUUACCGCGCUUACAGUCAACCUUGAAAUUAGCUGCUUUUUGGUGCUGAUAAGGCAGGACCUGCUGCACUAAAAUUAGACGUCUGCUCACCUCGACGUUGAAAUGACCUCAAUUAGGAAAGUGACACAGAACCAGGAAGAGUUCAGUUUAGGUUGACUCAGCCCUCUUACUCAGAUUCAGAAUAUACAAGUAAAUUGCUCUUUAUGUAAAGUAGUCAUCCAGUAUUUACCCGUGAGGUUAUGCGAUUUAUUUUCCGUCAGCCCAGUCUUUAGAGAGGAGGUAGUUUACUGCAUCACUAUCAGAGCCUCAAUCUUCAAACAGGGUGAUUGGUCGCCUGCUUAUUUGCAGACUUCUCACCUAUUGUUUCAAUUUUCCAGUCUCCCCAGUGCUGCAAGGCCUCUUUAGCAGCUCCCUGUCAGCAGCAUUGGAGCUAAAAUCCAAUUUUGGUGGAUCAGGACCUCAAUGAGGCAUCACCCUCAAUUAGCAGCAGUGCCGACAGACAUGUAACACUCUCACUUCAUCUACUCGCUGGCCCAGCUCCCCAGCAGCACAUGUCUCAUAAGCUUCUUAGCUUAUUGUUUAAGAUGCGAUAAGGUUUGGUUGUAUUGAUCCCCAGAGGGAACAUGAAGUUGUUUACCGAUAUCUGUUCCUCGUAUUUUGGUCAGGGAUUAUUGUUCCCUGGGUUUGAUUCCCCCUUUUAAGGCCUUAGGGCGCACUUGAAUUUCUGAACACUCUACAUUGUUUUGGUACUCAGUAAUUUCUGAUUUACCCUCAAAACUUAGAAAGGUGCUCAGUGAAUUGUGUUUUUCUCUCGACUCCAGUUCAAAUUCAUCACCAAUAAAGAAAACCAUCUGUUUGUUUUAAACUUUCAGUGAAUGUAAUGGAGCUGAAAAUGCACUAAGCUUUUGGUGAUGGAGGAAAAUGGCCAAAGAUGGUCUGCUUCUAAGACUAUUCUCCUUUUUAAAGAAAUCGAAUCACAGAGAAAAGUGAUGGGCCUGUAUUUAGAGUAUUUUAGUCAUUUAUUAAGACAUUGCAGAUGAUAUCAGAUAAAUGUGGUAGCCUCAGAAAUGACCUCUCUGCUGCCUUUCAUAAAUGAAAAUAAAAUUAGUGUAAAUAAGACAAACAUAAAGGAAAGCCAGAUGCUGAAGUAGCUUAACAGUUGAAAAAAUUCUAUAUAUCGAAAUAUACUAUAUCCCAAUACUCACUGUAUUGCAAAAUGUUAAAAAAAUCGCAAUAAUAUCGUAUUGUGGCCCAAGUAUCGUGAUGAUAUCGUAUCGUGGGGCCACUGGUGAUUCCCACCUGUAAUGAUUACCACUUUCUUGUGUAGCUGAAUUCGUUUUAAAAGUUGGUGGGAAUCGCCAGGUAACUUAUAAUAUAAUAUAACACAAUACAAUAAGAUUCUGAUUGAUAUGAUGUGAUAAUAUCACAUUACUGCAAUACAGAAAUACCACAGUGUCUGGACAAUCGGCUGAGUGUUCACCACAAAUAUAUAAAGAAUACAAAAUGUUCUAAAAAAGGCAGAUUGCAGGAUUACUGUAUUCACCAUCUUCACUUUAAUCUGGUUAGAACUGACUGUUUGUUGUUGGUCUAAUUCACAGAACUACACUAACUGGUAAAAUACUGUUAAAAAUACAUACAUGUCUUGAAAAGGCACACAUGCAUGCUAACAAACAGUAUAUUUGUUGACAAGAAUAACUCAUUUGCAUAUGUAAAUCUGCUCAAUUAUGUCUGUAAACAGAAACAUAACUUGUUUUUUUAUGUUAAGCAGCUGUAGUUCUAUUCUCUACAAGGCCAAUCACUGCAGAUGGCUCUUUCUCAGUCAACUUUUAUCCCUCUGUGGCUUUUAGUAAAACUUCUGCUUUAUGGGAGCUCGGCAAGUCCGGUGCAUCACGCUGGUUUGUGGCAUUUCCCCCUCACUGUCAAUAAAACGAGCAGUAAUUAUCCCACAGGACUCCCCCGGUCCACCCAGUGACUGCAGCUGCAGAGUUUAGUUCAUCCUCCCUCCACCGUCUGUCCUUCUUGGUUUUGAUAGCAGAUAGUGCUUCUCAUCACUUCCUUACAUUGCUGUCUAACAGCCCUCUGACUCUGUCUGCCACUGUCAACUUCUUCUCAGCCAAUUAAUCUCCAUUCAUGUUCCCCUUGUUCAUGUAAUUGGCACCAGUGGGAGGUGCAGUGGCUCGGUCAAUGAAAUUGGCAGGGAAAUCUGUUCAGGGUGUCAGAUUUUGUCAAUUAAAUAUCAAUGUUUGGCAUCAUUGUUUUGAUAAUUGUAUCAUACAGGUCAGGACAUUGAUACACUGCCGUAUUGAUGUUUUGUCUCACGCCUGUAUACAUUGUGAGAGCCCCCUCUGAUACACUGAACAUAUCUUUCCAGCAAAUCCAACAAAAAAAUCCAGAUACAAUAACAUGUAUUUUAGGGACUGUAGCUUUUUAGUACAAUACACAAUCUCAUACAAUAUCAUACUUAUGAAGGAAUUGGAGGAAACUUCAGCCCAGUUGAGGUGACGAACUGAGUACACUGAAAUGUAAUUUAGCACUGAAUAUUUCGUUUAUGUGCUUGUGGAGGGGACAGUGUCUAUCAGAACACGGAAUAUCGUCAAUGACUGAUAAAUAAACUCUACCAAAGAGGCUACUAGCAGUUUAUUAAUGGGCACAAGGACAAGAGAUGCAGAAUAUAUUUCUCUGUACAGGUUAAAAUAAAUCUUAUUAACUGCAUAAAAUGAAAGCAAUUAUGAGCUAAGCUCCUCUAAAGCACAACCUUUUAUUCUGCCAAGGUCUCCUAAGACUCUGAUCUCAUGGCACCAUUGAAGAUAGAUGAACUUUGAAUAAAGCAGCUUAGUCACCAGUCAUCUAAGGUGUUGGAAGAUGUCCGAAAUGUUUUUUCCAGAAUCAAUAAUUUAUAACAUUUAGCAGGACAUUUAAAGCACCCUGCUCUACUUCUGGGGAUUUUGUGCCCAGCUCUUUGUGAGUGACCCAGCCCUUGGUACGUUUGUCAUUAUCCUGGUGAAGACAAUUAGCAUUGAUGGUGAUGAUGGAAGGUCUUACAGUGAUGAUUGGUUGUUUCAUUACUGAUGUUCAUAAAAUAAAAUUAAGACUUCAUUCACAUUGUGCAUCGCCUUUAAAACUGCUUGGCAGUAUCUGCAUCCAAAUGGACUUGAAGCACUUAAUCAAUCAAUCAAUCAAUCAGACUUUAUUUGUAUGGCACUUUUCAAACAUUAAAAUGUAACACAAAGUGCUUUACAGAAGCUCAUUAAAAAAACAUAAUCAUGUAAGUGUUAAAAAAAAAUAAUAAAAAAAGAAUGAUAAAUAUAAUCUCUCUCUCUCUCUCGCUCUCUCUCUCUCUCUCUAUCUCUCUCUCUCACUCACUCUCACACACAUACACACAUGUACAUGUAGAUAUGUGCGUAUACACAAAUUACAAAUAACUAAAUGAAUAAAAUUCAAACAGCACAGAUGUACAUUGCUCUCGAAUGUACGUCACUCUGGAUUAAAGCGUCUGCUUAACGACAUAUAACAUAUAACAUUUCAUGUUUUAAAUACGUUGAACAUCAAGUUUAUAUAUUGAGGCUAUAACAUGAAUUAACUUUGUGCUUCAGUGUUUGUUAGUUAGAUAAACCAUCUUUAUUGCCCUUAUAAAGAGGAUUGUGUGAUUCAAAUAGUCCAGCUACUCUCUGGGUACAUAGAUGAAUGGGGGCUUUUUACAUGUACAUACUCAAUGAUAAUAUUUACAUAUAUUCAAGGUUUCCAGAGUGGGCUUUGACUCAGUGAGAAAGCAGACGGCAAGAAGUGAGUGAGAAAGUUUUGCAAGGAGCAAUUUGUCUUGUGGUGAAUCAAAUCAAUUAGCUUGUCAGAGUGCAGAGGAGUGUGGCCCAUUAUGACACAGUACAGGCUGCUCCAACAAGCAGCUGCUUGGCUUUUCUAUCAGGAAACCUGUCUCGUGUUUGUGAUUGGUGCUGCAGCUAAUGGCAUGCAGAUAUCGCUGCUCUCAGUCGGCGCCGUUAUUUAUAGUUUCACAGUUAAUGAAAAAAGUGAGAAAGGGUUGAAAUAAGUCAAAGCAGACGGCAGCAGGAUGUGAAGCCUCUUUGCUCUGUACGAGUAUAAUCUUUUGAACUCCGAGUGCGGCACUUUUUGAGUGGAUAAACAGAGUUAUUUUUGUUAUUUUUUAAAAAGAAAAUAUUGAAAACAGUCCAAAUAGUGAGGAAACUUACACACUUUUAGUCGCCAUUUACUUGACCGAAAUAUUGGCAAACUGCCGUGCGCUACAAGAACCUAUUUAUCAUCUGUGCUCGUUUAUGUUAGGAUCGUACAGUGUUAAAGCAUUAUGGCAGGAGCUUUAACCAGAGCUACAGCUUUGGCUAGCUUUCAGCUUGGACAUAAUAUUUGACUGGCAAAAGAAGUCUACAAUAAUACAAGUAUUGAUGAUAAAACUUCUGCUGACAACAUCAAUAGUGAAGUCCAUUAAACGUGCAUAUCCUUGCUCAUAACUUUGCACAGCACUGAUUUUGCUGCUCUGCUGGUGCAUGCUUCCAUUUAGAGCGAAGGAUUAAUACUUUCCAAAGCAGACUGCGUCUCAGUGUUACAGCAAUGAAUGUUAAUCAAAGUAUUGAAGGAUUUGAAAGGCUUAGCGACAGGUGUUUAGUGAGCACAAUCAGGUUCCUGCCGAUCCCAGCUGAGGUAUUACCAGAACGGUUUAGUGAGUUUCAACCUGCGUCUUCUCUUCUGAACUUUGAUUUUUAGAUUUUUUUAGAAGUUAUAUUCUCUUGGGUCGUUGUAAAGUGCUCUGACUGUUGAAAGCACUGUUCAAUUACAGCUGAAUCGUAGGAAGCAGUCUUUGAAGCGUUCUUCAAACAUGGUAAAAUGAACCUCAUGAGGUUGGGCUUUUUUUCCCCCUCUUGUGGCAUUGGCUUCAUCACCACUUUUCCCUUUUAUUCCAUCAGCAGUUUAUAUUUGGGAGGCGGCUGAGAGCACUCCGGUCCGCAGGUAUUACUUCAGAGGUUUUCUGGUUAUCUAGCCUGUACACACAUCCGGCUGAAGAGGCUUUGUGAAGUAACUAUGUCUAUGUGAAGAGUAACGGACUUUACGAUGGGAUAUCAGAGGGCUUCAGAAAAGACUUUUAAACUACUAAAGCAACUAAUUGUACUGCAAGAUAAUGAGAUCAUAGAGAAGAAGAUGGUAAGGUAUCGAAACUGUGAAUGAAAUGAUCCUUCUAAAGUAAGCAUUUGAUCAUUUGGUCAAAUAAAGGAGAUAUUUAUGUGAAAGUUUUCCCCCUCUCUGUGUAGUAUGGUGACCCUGAGGUGCAAAACACAAAAGCAAAACGAGUAAACACAAAAGCAAAAAGAGUAAACACAACGACAAAUGAGUAAACACAACACAGAGAGAAAACAACAGAAAAAGAGAAAACACAACAACAAAAGAGAAAACAGCACAAAAGAGAUAAAACUACACAAAAAGAGAAAAUACAACAGCGAAUCAGAAGACACAACAACAUUAACCAUUAUAUUUUCUCCUUUGCCAUUAUGUUUUCUGUUUUGUUUUUGUGUUGUGUUUUCUGAUGUGCCGUUGUGUUUUACACUUCAGGGCCACUGUAGUGUAGAGCAGCUGUGAAAUAAACAGAUGUCCUUAUGCAAAGUAGCAUAUUAUGCAACCCCUGUGUCAUUAAACCUGUUGAUUUGAAGUUUCCAGAGACUGAACUGAGUUAGAUGAUAUACGUCACACUCCAGCGGUAAUAUUUUCUCAUGCUGCAAUAAAGUAGCACCAGAAAAGCUGCUACUGGUGUUGUGGAGGUUUUAUGAAGGGUCAUGUUAACCUUUAGUUAGUUAGUUAGUAUUCUGUUUUUCCGCCUUGGGUUGGAUUGAAAGGCCAAUGACAUUCCAGUGCAUAUUGAGUUGGUCCAAUCAAUCUAGAAGGUUCAUGUAGUUUGGUGGUAUUAUGUGAGUAAAGGACAAAUCUGCCAACCUUACACGUACAAUAACAUGAAGAAUUCUCAUUUGCCUUGAAAUACUUCUGUUCUUGGGCCGGCUUUUGCUUUUAUCUUACAUUCUUCACAAGGCUUGAGUGUGAAAACCUUAUUUCCACAGCUUUUAAGAGUUUUCUGCUUCUGUAAAUGGUCGACUGACCUUUUCUGUUGUCCUCACUCCAACCCUCCACACUCUUCCAGAGCAGAAAUGUAAUAAUGAAGGACAUCCUUCAGGCCAGAGGCUAGGGUUUCUGCUUUGCACAGUCACUAUUGGUCCUUCUGCAGCAGCAUUUGCUGUUUCAUUGCAGAGAGAUGACAUAAAAGGUGGAACAUAAAACUUUGGACUGAACUUUAGGGAGCAGAUCUUUUUUGUGAUUGAACAGUUUCUUUGGUCACAGUUUAAGAUGUUCAUUCUAAUGAUGCACAUACACUCACUGUUUAUGUUACACAGAGAUUAGACACCCACACUGCAGAUGUUUAUUUUUUUGCGUUUAUGAGAAACCAAAUGACAGGCAGAAAAAAUCAAUCUACUCCUCUGGAUAACUCUUUGGAAAAUUGCAUUAGUUUUUGUAUGUACUAUUGCUCUACUUCCACCUCUUCGUUCAGGAUUGUAACCAGGAGUUUGUUCAGACUAGGCGAGCCCGGCUGGGGCACAGACUCAAGCAGGGGUGGCAUGAAGUGUGCACACACAGAUAUUUUAGCAUUUAUUUACCCUUUCUGUCUCCCCUUAUCAUAUCUACUGUAGUCACUAACUUUACGUCUGUUAUCGGUUACUAACUCAUAGUCGUGGGACAAAUCAUGUUGAAAAUAAAAAAACGUGUUAUUUGUUGAAAAGUAAUGACUGUAUCAAAAGAAAAAAUCAGAGUCAAUGGUGAUCCUGUUUAAGUCUAAAGGGCUUUACAUAUAAUCUGUUGCUCACUUAUCUUAGGAAUCAGGGGAUCUACUUUCAGACUUGCUAAAAGUUCAAUAGUCCUUUUGCAAAAACAAACAAAAAGUAUAAUCAUCAACACUGAUAAUUACACACAAACCCACUAUUUUUAGACUGUCAUAUAAUGAACCUUUUUACAGCAAAUUUAGAGCAAAAUUAAAGUCACGUCCUUACUCUGUCCUUCAGUUUUUUUCAAUGACAGAGACUCACAGUGAUUUAAGAGAUUUUGCUGUUUACUGUACAAACAGCUAAAAAGAUCAUUAAAAGGAGAAGUGUGAGGUUGCUUAUUCUUGUUACUACUUUAUUUGUUGUUGUUUUCCUUACACCCUGGGGCCUGGCAGCUUGAUUAGAUUUUUGGCUUUGUUUAAAAUGUUUGUACCAAGGAAAUUUUUGUACUGACUGAGUAAAAAUACUACUUAUAUUCUUUAUUACUGAAAAAAAAAACUUAGACCAUGUAUCAAGUAUUUCAUCAUGACUUGUCCGUCAGUUUACACCCCCAUCCUGCACACAGUCAACGAUACAUUUACUGGAAAAGCUUUGGUGCUGAAACAUUUCCAAAAAAUAUGUUUUUGACAGUUAGACAGCGUGUAGGAGUUAGCUUGUGAUUUGUGAUUGACUGAAUGGACGUUGAUUGAUUUAAAACAGACAUUUGGAAAACUUUUACAAUACUGUCAAAAGAAACUGUGGAAUCCGUGUUUUCAGUGCAAUAGCAGUGUAUCCCAUCAAACCUCACACAGUUUGCACAUACUUUAAUGAAGCCCUGCAGAAAAAUAAUAGUUUAGUUGAAGGUAGAAAUUGUAAGGCAGUUGUCCUACAACACACUUACUGAGUUUACAAUACCUGUUUCUUUCACUCAUCCCGCUCUCCUUCUGCAUCCAGGGUCAGACGGUGAAUGAUGAUAAGCUUGAAACAGACCUGUCAAUCAAGGACUCCAAGAUGUCAAAAGGUAGGACACUAAUGCAAAAAGAUCAUUCUGUUUUCACUUCCUCAUGAGCUCUCCGGCUCAGUAAAUGAGAUGCAAAGCCUCUGUGAGAUACGAAUAUACCUGCACAUACAGUAAUUACUCUGGUGUGCGUUUGAACGAGUGUGUAUGUGUCUUCUGUUGAUGCUGAUGCACAGCUGCCGGUGACUGUUUUGAAAUUUAUGCCCACAAUUUCAUCUGGUGAUAUCACGCUGGAAAUGUCUAUGCAGAGAUGAAAGAGUCUGCUUACCACAACACUAGCGGGGCCCAUAAACUCACACACAUAUAUGCAAAUUAAAGUCUAAACUCACACAGCCUAUUGGGAGGCAAUGGGUCACGGUGUGGGCGCAGGAAAAACUAAUAACUAGUCAGUGAAGUGCACAAGAAAACUAUCCAACCUUCCACGGCGAUGAUAAAGGUCCUGUAUUGAGGUCAUUUCUUUUGGGAAUGAGGCACACAGUCUUAUUUUUUAUCUCGACAAGAGCAUGCAUGUUUGAUUUGCAGAACAGGAAUCAAUGUGACACACCACUGCUGCUUUGUGGAUAACUCUCACUGUCCUCCUUUGUCUCUGUCUGUCCAGCUGUUUCGCUUUCAGCAUAGUGUUUUCCCUCUUGUCUCCUUUGUUUGCUGCUCAUUUGGGUGUAUUUCUCUUUCUUGUUUUGUAAACUGUCCUUCACACUUUUUUCUUUUUUCUCCAUCCAUCCUUCUCUCUAAAUCCUUCCUUCUGUUUCUCCCCCAUCCUUGUCCUUCACUUUUCCCCAAACUUCCAUUAUAAAGACGUCUUACUGAGUAGAUGCAGCUUUUCAUUUUUCCUUAAUUUGUAAAUCAACCCAUGGCCAUGCUUCUCCACUGUUUAUUUAUUUAUUUUUACAUAUGCCCUGUAACUAAUCUUCAUUAUGUGUUUCUCCUCAAGCCUCUUUUGCACCAAUCUGCUUUGCCAUCAAGGCGAAGGAGAACGACAUGCUGCCGCUAGAGAAGAACAGGGUUCGAUUGGAUGACGAUUCAGAUGAGGACAAGGUCAGCUUUAUGAAUUUGUAUAAAAUAUAUUAACCAUGUAUUGGUGCGGAUGAGAAACUAAUCUUCGAAUGAUGCCUUUAGUUCUUUGGUACAAACAAUAAGUUAUACCAUGUUUUUGCCUGAAGUUGCUGGAGGAAGGAGGACUGGUAGGGGUGACGGACGGGACUGAGAUUAUUGAAAAGGACCCUCUUCCAAUCACUGCACCAGAGGAGAAGAAACCAUCCCUCAGUUUGGAGGAGCUGGAAGCCAAACAAGGUACCAUUAUCAAAUACACAUUAUAUGUUAAUUCUCAGGCAGGGCAAAUAAAAGGGAAAAAAAGAGAUUUCAUUUGUUUACAUUGAUAAACAGUGCGAAAACAUGUACACAUCUUACCAGCCAAGAUUAUAAACAGCUCUUUUAUGUCACAUGCACUUUUUUACAGUAAAUUCUAUAGCAGUAAUAAGGUGUUAUGAUGAAUACAAACUUUGGAGGAGUGUGCCAGAGCCAAGUUUGAGUUAAAUUCCUGAAACUAAUCAAUUUAAAGCUGAUUACAGCUCAUAAAGCAGGACUAUCAUUAUAAAGAGGAUGACAAAGGAAAAUCACUGGAGGGGGCCUGGGACACAAGAAAGGUUUUGUCAAGUGAAAACCUCCCAAGAGCUCUCACACUAACCCUCUAAUAUUCACAGAUUUAAUGUUUUUGUACCCUUCUCCUUGUCUGAGCGACAAGAUCACCUGAGGCUGGAUCAUUUUAUGAGUCUGGAGGACUUGUCUGACCUGUGAAUAAACACUCUACUGCUGAAAGCUGAUAAUAGAUUGAUCACUGUAUUUCAUCACAUUUUUAGUUGUUUUGGUCUAAAUGUUUUUUCAUGCUGCUGUUAUGGCCAGGACUCCCUUGUAAAGAGAUUUAGUUUCUCAGUGGUAAUAUUCCUGGUAAAAUUAAGCUUUAAUAAAAAUAGAUCUACAUUAUGUUUAAGUUUUGAAAUUCAGGCACCAUAGAAGCAGGAGACAGAUUUUGUAGGUUCAUUAAGUGGCGUUAAAAGGAAAAGCUCCUGUAGCCUAUUGUUGACUUCACUUCUUCUAAGGCCCACAGACCUGUGAAGAGUCGGUGUUUAAGUCUGCUGACUGUGACAAAAGCUUCAUCUGAAUUACCCCAAUCAGAAAUGUUAAGCACCAAAGAGCCAACAUUCAAGUCCCCGUUUCUAGAAAGUCCUACCACCAGCAUUCCUUCGGACUUUAUUAAGACUCGAGUCCUUGAGCUGGAAAGACGCUGACAGCCCGCAAAGGUCCCACUCCCUGCUGAAAACUCCUGUGGUUAAAUGCAGCCUCUCUCUCGGGUUUAAUGGAUUUAGAGAUUAGUUCUUCUUCUUGUGACAUUGACAGAAUGUGAGAAGAGCAUUCGAUGAUGGUUAUGACAGAGCCUUUUUUUGUGCCUGUUUACUUUGGGUGAACAAGAGUUUAAUUCUUUGUCUAAACAUCAGCGUAUGAAUUAAGAUGCUUACAAGACAUCUAUGUCACAUCCACUGGCACGCUGUUAUUUUGUGAGAGGGGUAGAAUAGCAGGAAAAACAAGAGGGGGAAGAGAGGGAAUGAAUGAAUCCAUUGAGUCUCAAUUAUAAAUUCCCUUGCAGCGAGAGAGACGCCAUGUAGCAGCGCAAACAGCAGUCAUAUUUCUCUCCCAAGACCUUGCAAAGAUGUACUCUCCUAUUUUUGUUCCAUACCUUUGUUCAGUCAUGGUUGUAGUAUUUUUAAAUGGGGUUGCCUCACUCUUUCCCAAACUAAACUCAUAAAUCAGUGACUUUGCAUUAAGGACAGCCUACAUGGUUGUGUGGGCAUAUUUUUCUGCACUAGGCUGCACACAACUCUAGAAAAACAUAUGUUACUCUUAAAUUGCUCUGAUACAGAUUUGUAGGACCUGUACUUUAUGAAUCCAACAACAUGGUGAUUAUAACUUUUGUUCACAGGCUGUUUUUGCAUAUGAGAUUUUAACACUUUUGUGGUUAGAGUCAUCACUCUAAAAUAUUCAUUUAUUCCACUCAACCAAUGGCCAGAAUUUUAAAAGACAUACAGAGAGCUGUUCAUUACACUUAAAGCUAAUUCACUGCAUCUUGUCAUGAUCCAAGACCCCUCGGAUUAGGGCCGCAAGAUUAUUCAAUUUUAAAUCGUAAUCUGAUUAUUUGAUUAUGACGAUGUGAAAAAAAAUUAAAAUCGUCAAAUCAAUUUUCCUAUCUAUCGUGUUUCGUGCCUCCAGGCCACCGUAGGCUCCCCCUUCCUGCAGGAGUGCUCCCCAGUUCCCACACACACCAGUGUAAACAAACAUGGCGUUUGCACAAGAAGGCGAUACUUUAGUGGCUAAAUAGGGCAAGAGCAAGUCAGUCAUGUUAAAUUACGGAUACGACUUCACAGUUUCAGAUGAAGAACAAACCACCCCCCGCUGCAAAGUCUAUCUGAAGGUGUUAUCAACCCGUUCACACGGAAACGCAAAAGUUUUUUGUCAUAUCGUUGUUUCGACCAGAAUCGGCAUUUCAGGUGACUGUUUUGAAAACAGGUACAAGAGUGCGUAAACCCGUAAACGACUACCAUUUCACCUCCGUGUGGAUGCCCACCAUCUCUCUUAAAACGAUUAUGUCACACGCCUAACUCUUCCUUGGCAGCAUUACAGCGCCACUUACUGGCUUGGCAUGUGCACUACACCAUUGUCAGAGUUUUUGUUUUAAGAAAUGAUAGCAAAACUUAUUAUUAAAGUGAAGUUUUCACUGAAUAAAAAAAAUCAAAAUUGCAAAUGGAGUUUUCAGAGAAAAAAAUCUGGAUUUUAUUCUUGGCCAAAAUCGUGCAGCCCUACCUCAGACGCUGAUGAAGAUAGUUUACAGAGUUUUGAAUGUUAGAGGUAAACACAGACUUGGAGUUUCUUACCAUUGGAUAAUCCAAGGGUUGUUUUCAGGUAUAGGCUGUAGAGUAACCUGUUUCCAUCUCCAUGCUUAUACUAGUUUUGAUGUUUGCAGAUUUUUACCCAUGCUGUAUUUUUCUGCAGUAUUAUGGAGCCGUCUUGCAGAGACACACAGUACAGCUGCCAAUCCUCCUGUUACUAUAUUGGCAAAAUGUCCUUAAGACAACAUAUGUCUUCAAAGGCACAGAUUUCAGCACCUCAUGACAUCUCAAAGGAUGAAUAAAUGUGUAGUAAUCUCCCUCAGACCGGAGAGACUGGUGCGAAAUAGAGCCUGGAAAGACGGGCCAAGAGACGGUUAAGACAAUUGUGCCACUUUUCAGCAUCAAGGGGGCUGACAGGUCCCGUUUAAGGUUCAGUGAAACAGAAUCAGACUGUAAUGCGCUUUCUCUGAGCUGACAGACGGCCAAAGAAAGAGGCUGGAAAAGCCUAAUAAAUAGCUGACUGUAUUGGCUUCACUGUGUGGCAAAGUGGCUGUCAGUCAGCAGACCUAACUUGAUCAGAUAGCAGGAGAAUCUGUGGCAGACAGCAGAACCCUAAUCUCUAUUGAUGGGCUGGAAAACUGCCACAUACGCUAAAUAGGUUCCCCGAGUUAAGUAUAUGAAUUCUAUGGGUCACAGUGAACAUACUACAGUAUAUGAACUCAUAUGGAGUAGGUCAAACAUUUUACAUAUCCUGUGUAAAGAUUUGGCCUGCUUAUGGACUGUAAUACAGAAAGCACACAUCCACAAUCUUCCACUGUACACAAAAAAGCUGAAACGCUGCCGCGAUGACCGCCAGCUGACAUCACGCUUUGGUGAUGUAUUCCAGAGCGAAGAAACGCACAGAAGCAAUCCGGCUGUAGGAGCCAGGGUAUUGAUGUUACGCCUCUUCCACUUCCCGAAGCCCGCUCUCUACUUACCAGUAAAAUAGCAAAGAUCCCUCCAGGUCAAUGCAGAAGCAGAACAGAUCCUUGUGCUGAUUUGAAGCAGGCGCUCAUGUUUAUAGAAACUUUCCAGUCUCUGUGUUAGUGUUCAUUUUAUCUCCUUACACAGUUCCUUUCCUGCCCUGUAAGUCCGGUAAAGAUCACAGCAGGAGCUCAAAUUAAUCAACAGAGCUGUCAGUCACAAUGUUUCAUCCCUAAAUUCUAUUUCUUUGCAAACAUACCUGUCAGAAGAUUAUCCUUGCUGAUAUGUUGUGCCAAAUUAGUUUGAGUAAUAAUCUUGUAAUCAGACUCAUCCUGGCUGAGAUGGUGUAGUGUGUUACCGCCUGGUGUGCAGAUGGAUUCUUCACUGCUUGGCUAUUGUUCUCACUCAACUCAAAUAUGAUUCGCCUCGGCAGCCAGCCUAUUUUUAAUCCAGAAGAGAUAACAGUAGCCCCUACGGUUGCAUAACUUAAACUUGUUUUCCACAAGCAUUUACUUUGUACUUCACUGUCUCGUCUUGUUUUCUCCGUCUUCCUCUUCCUGUGGCUCUCAGAGCGCAAUCCCAUUCCUGCGCUCUCUUUACCUUUCUAUCCUUUUACCAGUCUCCGUCACUUUAUCUCCUCUCCUCAUCUCUCAAAACCAUACAUUUUUUCCCACCCCCAAUUUCACUCAGAUGUCUGAGUCUUCCACCCACAUCUUCCCUCCUACACUGCUUUUUUCUGUAUAAUCCUUGAAUUGCAUAAAAUUACCUAUCACUAGGGAAUUAGUCAAGCCUUAUCAUCAAGAGCAGUAACUUUGUCAAAUAACAGCAGCCGCAGAUAUAGGAAUUGCCAGACGUCAUCUUAGUUGGACAUGAAUGUAAGAGCUGAAAACUAUUAAAAAUCCUUCAGUUCUUCUCCAUCUUCUUAUUUUUGAUCCAGUCCGUCUCUUUCUUUGUCUCAUGUUUUGCUCUCGAUGUGUUCAUCUUUGUCUGCCCAACCUCUCUUUUAAUUACUUUCUUUCCAAAGACCAUUUACUGGUUGUUAGGAAAAAACCUUGCCAAGUUAAAAGCAGAGCAAAAGCACUCUUUCCUUCCCUCUCGCUGUCUUUUCAAUCAUUUCCUUCUCCCUCACAGCCUACAGUAGCGCCACACUGUAUAUAAUGACAGUACAUUGUGUACAAUCUCCAUCCAACCCUCUUUCUCUCUGGUUUUCACCCUCUCAUCUCCUUGCCCCUUAGCCAAGCAGAAACUGGAGGAUCGUCUUGCAGCUGCAGCCAGGGAGAAGCUGGCUCAGGCAUCCAAGGAGUCCAAGGAGAAACAGCUACAGGCGGAGCGGAAGAGGAAAGCAGCUCUCUUCCUCCAGACCCUCCGUAGCCCCUCACUGGGAGAGCCUGAUGCCAAAAGAGCUGAGCUGGAUUCAGCCGCACAGCUUGAGGUACGCGCAUGGUUGAGCAAAGUUGGCUGUACGUUAAUGCAUGUUAACAUGUUGGCAGAAACACAGAAUCACACAAAAUUGUGUCAUCUGAAGAGCUUCCAUCAAUGUAAUUUUGUAAUGAUACUGUAUGAAUUUAAUUAGAUUGCUUAUCUAUAGUUUUCUUCUAAUAUCUGACUCCAAAAAAGACACUAAUUGAAAAUACAGUAAUGAAUUGAGUUGCAAUAUUCUAUACAUCCCCCUGUUACACAAAAGUAAACCCAAUAAGAGCGCUGAAAGAACCAACCUACAUGGCAGAAAUAAUGUUUUGAAGGUGGGGUCUGUCUUGUCGUGACCCUGCUUACAAGACAUGACCAAAAAAGACAAAAAGUACCAAAACUAGACAACUAAACAAUAUAAAAGUUCAUCAUAAAAUAAGGUGCAAAACUGAAGUCAUAUACAAAGAUGAAGUGUGUGCGUCAGUUUAUCAGCAUGUCUGUUGUUGGAUGAGGUCCAGAGCACGUUGUAUGACGUGAAGACCGCAAAGACAGCUGAUGCCAACAAAACCAAAGAGAGAGAGGGAGAGCAGGUUGACCGCCCAAAACCCCGCUAACCAGCAACCUGGAGGGCGACAAACACAGGGCCAGCAACAAGGGCAAAAGAAGCAAGGGGAAAAGCUGUCACAGACUUCAUUAAUAGUUCUGUUAUUAUAUGAGGGCUAACCUGCACUGCACUUAGUCAAUAGAGCUUUCACUUUUGGGGACCCGCCAUGUCAUCUAUCUUUGAAUACAGCCCAUACUUUAAAGCAUGGAUGCCCCUCGCUGCACUAAUGUAUCACAGUCCAGUGAGGGUGAGUUUUAUCCCUGCACUUUAAUCUGUAAUCAUCAAGUGAAGCAUAUUCUGAUGGCUGAUGAACACACUCCUUUGUCUGUCUCAUAAUGGGCCUGUAAGAGUUGACACUGCAGAAAAAUAAGUGUGCUGAUGAACUUAUCAUCUCAAGUAUGGAGGGAUUUAAGUCAAACCUCUCAUUUGGUUAAAGUAAGUCAGUGGACUCGAUUGGCUGUCUGAAAGAUCCUUGGUGCAUGAAUUUAUCUUUUUAAAGAACAAAGCAUCAUCCUAUUUUCUUACCCCCUUUUGUUAGUUUCUUGAUGCACAAUCUUGACACAAAAUAUAUAGCAAGGAAAAUAGUAGAUGCAUUAAUUCUCUUGAUUAUUAACAGGCGUGUUGUGGGUGUGAUUUGAAUAGAGCCGAUCACACCGCCAUCACUCACUCUCUUUAAAUGCCAGGAGCGCCUGCAGGCAGGCUCAUGGUAGAUUUCAGCCAUUAUUCUUAAACAGAUCAGGCCCAAAACGGCUCACACUCCAUCUCUCCCUGUGUGCACGUGGUUUACAUCAAUGGUAUUAAAUAACUUGCUGAGUCUUAUUUAACAGAUUUGGAUGUGAAAUUAAGCGUUUUUAAUCAGAUGUGAUUAAGUAAAACCACAAAAACAAUACACCCUGUAAUGCAGCAGUGGCAGUGGACAAAAAAAUACACAUUUUGUCGGUUCAGAUGAAAUAUAGAGCUGUCUAAAUAAUAUUGAAAAAGUCCACACCCCUGGCUGGACCGGUUCACCCUGAGGUUAGUGGCAAAUGUAUCAGCUCUACCUCCUUUUUCCAACCAUCAUUUUUUUUUACAUUUGUAUCACUUAAAGUUAAACAGCCGUCAAAUCUUUGAUCAAAGUGGAGAUCUAGUCAAUGUUAAAUUGGUACUAGCACUGGCUCAGUAACCCCACGCAAGACAGUCUUGAUCUUAAUGUCUGAGUGGGAUUUUUAACACAAUGGAAGCAGAUGGCAUUUUUCUCGCUCUCAUCCUUAAAAGCAUCAUUAUUGAUUUUGUGCAAAUGAAUUUACAGACACCUACAGUCCAUAUUGAGCUGAUGUGUGUGGUUGUGCUGACAGCAGUAAACAUUAAACCAUGCAUUUAAAGAUGAAGAGAACACGUGUGGUCGCAGUAGGAACAUCUUUGUGUAAAUCAGCCAAAUAAAGAUGAAUACUCCGGAGGUAUUUUCAUGUCAACGUCAUGUUUUUAAAUGAACACGUGCUUUAUAUGGCAGCUCUGCCUUUAAAAAGAAGUCAUACUCCUGGAUAAUGAAGGAAAUAAUUUUUGAUUUGAAGUAAUAGUAGUAGUAACUCUGGUAGUUCUUCUGCCUUAGCGUCUCUGUCUGAUUACAUUUCCAUGAAGUAAUAAUCAUAAAUGUUCUUCCUUGAGCUGCGAAACUCCGCUGCCCUUGGUGAUCAAUUGUCAGGGCUCCCCAUGACGAGGAUGUCUAACUCAGGGUUACAGUGUGUUUGACCACAACUUAAAUUUACGCCGGAAUAACCCUUAAAGUUAUUCUUGAUAAAUAUAUAGAUAUCUCUGACAAAUGUAUCAUUAAAUAAAAGUAUCAAAAAAAUUACAAGCUCAGUGUUAUUUAAGGACAUCCUGUAAUGUUUUUGUAAAGGACUGCACUUGUUUAGUCCUUUUCUAGUUUUAUGACCACUUGAGUAUGACAGUCUUUUGCACACCACAACCAAAACCUGUCAUUAAGGAUCAUUUAAAAAAACGGUAACCAGAAUCCCUUCCCUUUAUCUAUCCACCGUUUCUGUCGUCUCUUUUGAUGCUCCCCAGAGAUAAUGGUUUUAAAGUCUCCUUUGUGAGGUUUAAAAAAGUGCUGCAGUAAUGAAAAAUCCAAGUCCUUUGUUCGGUCAUACCCAACAUACUAAACAAAAAGACUGGAGGACUUUAUAGUGUAAAUAAGACUCAUUUGAUGUGUAGAUUGCCUGUCGGUGUGAUGGAUGUGAAGUGUCAGCUUCUCAUGUGAUAUGCCGUGUGCUGGCCUGUCGCCCGUCAGGCCAGGUGGUCGCAGGGAGGCUCCUGUCACGGCUGUGCCAGCUCUGUAGCUCUCCUCCAGAUGUGUGACUUCAGCAGAGUGUAUGUAACCCAAAGGAACCACCGCCACUUGAGAUCGAUGGCUCCUGAGGGGGAAAUGGAUGUCUCUUGUGUGGGUUGAUGCUCAGUCUGUAAAGCACAGUCUUUGAGGACUUCACAGUCAAAAAGUAUUUAAUGCGAAACAGUAAAAUAGAAACUUUCUAUAAGGCCCUUCAGAGUACACGAGGUGGUGUAGACCACUGACAUGUACAGUUACAAGAAUAAAUCUGAUCUGUUAAACUGAGGAAGCAACAUUUUCUGACUGCAGUGGAUUAUGAUAUUGAGAGAUAAGUGUGAUUUGUCUUUUCCUUUUCUCUUAAUUCAAGUGGCUUAUUUGAUUCAGAAAGGAUUUUCUGGUAGAAGAAGCAUUUUGGGGACAAACACUUCCUAAAUUUGAAGCUCACAUGUUUUUGAAGAAACUAAAAAUACUGAUUCCAGAGAAUUUUCUUACAGCAACAUUGUGUACCAUGAAUCUUUUGAGGGCAGGAUAAAAGAAUUACAUACAGUACAGUACGCUGAGGCUUACCAAGGUUUGGAGUGGGAUAUGAAUGCUGAUGCCAUUUUAUCGUAGCAGAGUUGGGCGACUUGUAUUUGUUGAUGUAGGCUUGCUGUGCUUACAAUUGUGCUCAUCAUGUUGUUUAUGUGACAGCUCCACAGUAGCUCGAGUACGCUUUCAUGAGUAAACAGAACCCAAUGAAUAAGCCUUACAGGCCUGCCCCUCUUUGCUUUUGUCAGUGACUCUUUCAGCGGGAUGUUUCUCUGACUUUGCUUGGUAUUGUUUGGAAAGCAGUUGGAGAGUUAGAGCCUCCUCUUAAACUCUGGUUGUGAUGGCAACUCCAGACGACAUCAAUAGCUAGCUGCAAACACACUAAGGUUUCUGACCAAAGCAGUAUGGUUUUGUUAAAGGAGGCAUUCCUGCAUUAACCCUUGUUCCUCUAUUGUGAGUUUGAACAGGUCAAAGAAUUGGAUGAGCACUUUUCAGACACGGACCUUACAGCCACCAUCCAUCUGUUCAAGUUUUCCUUUUUGGUCAGUCUGACUCUCAUUAUUUGAAUAGACCUGUGAGCAGCUGAUGUCAUUCGGACAUAUUAGUCAACCUUCAACACUGAAUUAAGGUUGUGGGUGCCAACAGGAUCAAGACUUUUUCAGAGCAACCUGAGUUUCAUCAAUGGGUGACAUUUAGCCAAAUGAGUCUGUAUUCAUCCUGGUGACAGCCAAGGUUAUAAUAGUUGAAAACCUUUGUUUUGAUUUUGAUUUGAGCUCAGUAGUUUUGGGUUAGUUUUUAUCGUUUUAGUGAUAUUUUUAAUUCUUCAUAUUGAUCUGAAAGGACCUGCAAAGGUAUUGGAAAAACUCAAACUGUUUGAAACCUCAAACCCCAACAAGGGCAAAAAAACAUACAAGCUUUAUUGUUAUGGAAUCACAACAUCUACCCAACAAUAAGUGCGACUCAUUGGUGUGUAGACUCACACACUCUAUACCACCCCAGUCUAGAGAGGCUCCAGCUUAUUGAUGUGUACCUCACUGCAAGUACAUCAUGUUACUUUGCUCGGCAACAGGUGGACCUGUGCAGGGCAGAAUGGACUGUUGGUAGAAGUGGGAGAAAAAAUUGAUACAGCAUAGUAUUGCGAUAUUUUGUAGUAUCGAUUUUUCAAAUUAAUCGCUAAUAUGAAGUCAAAUCUAUGAUAAUAAAGGAAAGGAUAUAAAGGAAAUCAAAAUGCUAAAUUUGCUAAACAGUUGAAAAAAAUAUAUAAAUAGCAAUAUAUUGUAUCGCAGUACUCACUGUAUUGCAAAAUGUUAAAAAUCACAAAAAUAUCGUAUCAUGGCCCAAGUGUCAUGAUAAUAUCAUAUUGUGGGGCCACUGGUGAUUCCCACCCCCAACUGUUGGUGGAGUAAAGCAGGCUACAAUGAAAGACAGAGACUGAGUUUUCACUCUGGUAAAAGUUGAAAGUUGGAUAACUGCACGAGGGUGUAUGUCCAUGCAGUGUGCAGCUCUCUCUCCAAUGAAGCCUGUGUUAUUAGCAGGAAAAUAAAUCUUCUUUUGACUAAAGUGGUUCUGCUGUAAGUAACAAGAGAGCAUUUCAGUUACACAAGAGGCUCUUCAGUUUUCGUUCACUCAUCAGUGUAGCAACAAUCAUGACAGAGUUUCAUAUUGAACAGAAUAAUAUGGAUACUAAUCAGGAAAAAAUAAAACACUAAAACACUAUUAAUAUAUAUUUUUUCAGUUUCUCUUUUUUGCCUGUCAAGUCUGAGUUGUUCCACUUUGAGCCCAGUCAGAAAGAUUUCCAAACCACCGUUAUUGUAUUUUUCUUAAGGUUUCAUGUCCUUCCCAUGCAAACAAAGAAGAGCCUUACAUUCCUAGAAUACAUAAAUAUAUGAUAUUGUUUUUUUUAUAGCUGAGAUUGGACCCAGUGCACCAGUGUUUUUAUUUUCAACUUUCACUUUAAUUUAAAGAGCCUGUUAAACAUUUAACUUUUAAUACGUUUGAUAACAUAAAAGAAAUGCAAUCUCCUCUCACUCUCUCUCUCCUCUCUUUACUUCUUAUUGUUACUUCACUAACUGUCCCAAACUUCCCUAUCUUUCCCAGGCAGGUGUGCGAGGGCAGGCGUUUUCUCAGCCUGCUGUUGGGAUAAGCCUCCACGUGUCAGCCCUAAUUUUAAACCAGACCUUACUUCCAUCAUUUCAUUAUCUCUACCUCAGCCCCAAACACCAGAUAGUGAGCAAAUAGAAACGUCUAAUAAAUAUUCCCCCUGUUAUUGACUGUCUUCUGCUGUGAACUCUUUGCCAUGUUUCUUUCCAGCCUGCUCUUCUUUGACUCAUCUGCCUCCCUCUCUCUCAUCAUCAUCAUCAUCUACUCCCCCUCUUUGGUCUCUUCUUUGUGUCACUUCCUUUUAUACCUCACCCGUGUCUUACAAAUGUCAGCAGAUGGGUUAGAGGUGGGGCAGUUGAAAUAAUGUGAUUGAAGUCAUGGCAUGCCGUAAUUUCCUUUCUGUCACACAUGCUCAUAAUUUAUCCCUUGAGCAAUCCUACCAUUUAUGCUAAUACUAGUCUAUAAAAUGUGUCUUCCUUUAUCCAAAUGCUCUUCUAGUACCAGAGAAGCAUACAUAUGUAGCACAAGUGACCUGAGAAGCCAUCUACGGCCUGACACUGCAAGAUAAAGCCUGACCUUGGAAGAUUUAGUGUCAUGUUAAUCCACUUUGCAGGUCCAGAUCAAUCCAACAUGAGCAGACAGACCCACAUUGGGUUAAUUAGAGUAACUUUACAGCCGGUACUUGUAACUUAGUGUAUAACCAGAGGGCUGCACAUAAAUAAUGUAUCAAAGCAAUUUCAAUCAGCUGAGUUGGAAUAUUCUAGAGGAGCUCUGUUAUGAUCCGGCAACCCUUUUUCAGCGCGCACAUGCUCUCAAACGUAUGAUGUAGUGGACAGCUUGAUCUCUCCCCUUUUUUAUCAGCUAUUUCUUUCUUUCUUUCAAAAACAAACAGUUUGAGAAGGAACAGAAUGAAGCAAAAAGCUUAUCUAGUCCUGCUUCAUCCUUGCAAAUCAGAGCCAAUAAUGUAUAGAAAAAAGAAAGAAAUAAUCUAAUUGUUUAAAUAACAAGAAUCUGUAUAAAUAUCUUCUUAUUACACACAAAGAUAUCUGCUCUACACUGCAUAUGUUGCUUAAUAUAAUUAUUUGCAUAUUUUAAUCAUAAUCAGUGUAAUAAUAUUCAGAGUUAAUAUUACUUCUAUACAAUCGAGUCAAGUUAGGAUAAAAUCAUGUUUUUGUUAGUUUGUUUAUAUGAAUCUUUUAAGACUUCUCUAUAGUGUGAUUGAAGUAUUUUUAAGUAUUUAACACCACAAACAGAAAUGCACAGACAUCUGAGAGUUGUAUGGACAAUCGGACUAAUGAAUUUAUGUUCACCUCUACUGCUGAAUAUCUAGGAGUAGGAAGACACAGAUGCUAACGAUUGCUAUAACACUAAUUGAAUUUUUGGAAAUUCAUCUGCUCACAUCAUGGCAUACAUGAUUAAUGAAUACAUUAAAACAAGUCAAUGUUGUCAGUCCUUUCUUGGUUUGCUUUUUCUAUCUGAACCAGUUUUGAAAAAGACCCCCUGUGUUUGUCUAAAAACUGCCUUCACUGAUAUUUUUUUCUCUUUGUCUCGAACAUUGUCCCUCCAGAUCCAAGAAGCCCUGUCUCUACUGUGUGACCCCGCACCCCCUCAAGUGUCCUCCGCACCACUCGCUCAUCCUCAGGAUCAAAGACCCUCCACGGAGAGCCAAGGAGCGCAUCGCAGCAGGGAGGCCCCAUCCGCGUCUUCUUCAUCCUCCUACACUACCUCCAGAGGAGCAACCAGAGACAGAGAGAGAGACAGAGAGCGGGAUAGAGAGAGAGAAAGAAACAGAGAUAGAGAUAGAGACAGAGAGAGGGAGAGGGAUACAGACAGGGAGAGAGACAGAGACACAGACAGGGGCCGGAGGGACAAAGACAAAAAAAAGAAAAAACACAAGAGAAGGUCAAGAUCAAGGUCACGAUCAAAGAACAGACACUCUCUUCCCAGUGCCUACAGGAGGUCCCGCAGGUCUCGGUAAGACACCAAGCUCAAUAUCUUAUUUUGAUUUUUUUCCUCCCACUGUUUGUCCUUUUUAUCCGAAAUUUUCUAGUACAGUUGGAGAAAUAGGACUUUGCUCAGCGUAGCUCUCUGAUUCAGAUCUUAAUCGGCUUUUGCUGCUGAUUCUACACAAGGGAUCGAGUACUUUAAUGCCUCCUGUUGGUUUUUCUGUGUUGGACUAUUUACUGUUGUAAUGCUUCCUCAGUGCAAAGAGAUUUUUUUUUUUUUGGAGUGAAAUACUGACCAAAGUUGAAAAACACCAACGCAACCUCAAUUUAACAUGGAGAAGGUAAUGACCGAGUGUUUCAGAAACGCUUCUUAUACAAACGUUAGCAAAUCCAACAACUGCCCCUUCACAUGGUGGUCAGACAUAACAGGAUAACAUAAAUUUAAAAGAUGAAUAUGCUCGUCCUUUCCUAUCUUUAUUCCUGCUCCAAGUGUCGUCAAAGAACAAAAGUAAGAUUAAAGGGAAAUAAAGGUGUAAAAUAACCUUAGUUAAAGCAUUAUAGGAUUGAGAGGAGUUAAGAGACCAAAGUGUCUUAUGUGUGUGUGUCAUUUAUUCAUCAGGCUAAAGUGAAUGAUAUUGACCAGACAGGUUUGUUUUGCCCAUGAAGCGCUGAACAUUGAUUUUAAAAAACAGGUCAAAUUUCCCGUUUUAAGUCAGGUCUUUAAAUAAAUAUAGGAGAAGUGAAUAAAGAUCGUAAUUUAUCCAUCAAUAUUUAAUGAUGUUUUCUUCCUGGCUGUUUUACAACAACCUGCAGAAAACUGUGUUUACAUAUUCAGGGUCCAUAUGAUGUAAGGCUGUUUCAACCAUGUGUCUUGCUUUCCUGCAGCCCAGUUGCACAGUUGUUUGGCCGGAUUUUUAUGCCUCACCGUAAAUUCUGACAUAUUAAGGUCUUCAAAUAAUCUCAUAGAAUCUCUGCAGUCUUGCAAAAGCCUCAUUUCUUAUUCCUGGUUUUUUGAGUUCCUUGAAGACCCCUCCUGAUUGCUCCCCUCGUUUCUUCCUUUCGCACAUUACCUCAGUCAUUGUCUUAUCAGCCUCCUCUCUUGCUCUUCAUUUUAAAUUCAUCAGCUCAUCUGCCAGGCUCCACAUUCUGUAAUUUAAUGGCUUCCCCCCAUCUCACACUGUCUUUGUCUCCUCGUCUGGCCAGAUCCCGUUCACACUCCCCCGGGAGGAGGGACAGAAGGGGCCCCUCGUCAGAGAGGAGACGUGAGGAGAGAGAGAGGGGGCGAGAGCGCUAUCAUCCCAGCAGCAGCUCUGGCCAUCCCAGGGGGCAUUCAAGAUCCAGGUAAACCUAACAGCAGGUGUUGUCAGUCUCUGCUGAGAGGAAGAAUCACGAGUCUUCUUGCACAGCUGCUUGUGUUUUACCGCUGAAAGGAUCGAUAAUUACGCUCAACAGGGCAGAUCGAGGCGCCAACAGAGCCACACUAUAAAACGUAGUCUUAAAUUUUUGAUACUCAUUCAUCAAUAAAACAAGGAGGAACCAUAAUUUAUGAUUGGAUAGAUCUAGCCGCACAUCCAUGAUGCAAACAGCAAUAUUUAAGAGUGAAUACUUUGGUGUCCAUAAGCAGGGCAGAAGACAAACCAAUCAGAAGAAAGAGAAAAAAUUCCCCCGAUGAUCUGUAACUGACAGUUCCUGUUUGCAUGAAUUUUAAGUAAGCUCGCUGUUCCUGCCUGUGUUGCACACCUUUAAUUUAUUGUUUUCAGCAGUGUUACUAAAUAAAUCUUUAUUUUCCUUUUCUUGUUUUGCCUUUCAGGUCCCCCGCAGAAAAAAGAAAAAGCUCCAAGUCAUCCUCAGGACAUAUGCAAACCGCAGGUUCCUCCUUGUCCCCGUACUUCUCACCCAGCAGAGUUUUGUCCCCGUCAGCAAGCCCCGCCUCCAGCCUCGGUCUCUCCAGGUAACCCUCUACAAGCUUGUCACUAAGUAAGCUUGGCACUUGUAUUGCUUUCCUAAGGUUAAACAGAAAGUCUGUUCACUCGAGUUUGUUUGAAGGUUUUUGGUCUCGAAGCUACAAAACAUGCACUCCUCUAAACUCUAGAUUUGUGUUCCCGAGACCAAAAGAUUGUUUCCUUCAGGCCAACACACAGAGAGACGUCCAAAAGUUCAGUGUAACAUAGUUAAGUAUUAAAUCACCGCAACUGCACUGAUACAUCCUGUUUAAGACCAAACCAUGUGUUCAAGUAUUGACCAUUUACAACAUCAGUAAGCGAAACUAUGCACUGCAAGCCUUUCAAGCUUUGGGAUCCUCACGUGGCACUGCGGGAGAAGAACCUUUAUGUUUAAUGAAUUUGGAGGGUGGUGUCUAUUUUUAACAAAAACAAAAAGCAAAAGUGAGUCAUCAGCUCUUACGAAAGCUGUAAAUGUUUGAACCCAGACUAUAAACUACAUCAUGUGGGGUCCAAGGAAUCAUAAACACCAGCCCCAAUAAAUGAUAGUGUCAUGUUGUCCUCAUCUGUGAAAUAUUUAAAUCAAUGCAUGAUGUUCAAAAUCAUAAACAUCCCACCUUUGCGUUGUUUCUACAUUGGGGCUCAGAGAAAGAUAUAUUAAUCCCUUUUACACUCAAAGUGAGUAACUAAUGAAACAAAGACCUGUUUGUUAAACUCAAAUGAACAGAGUCUAACCCGAUAAGUUGAGCAGCUAUAGCUUUAAAUAUUUUACUAACAAGAAGCUGUUGACAUUAAAAAUUAAUAUCUCCAUCCUAAAAAAUGUACAAACAUGAAGUCAUUAUUAAGUCUUGUCAUUGUCAUCUAUGUACGGUAGUCUCACCCCUAAGUCGCUUCAAGCACCACUGUAAUUCUGACAGUGAAUAUGUAACUGUAGUGCGUUAAACAAAGCCCUGCCCUGCUUUCUGAAAGAAUUUAAAACCCUGUAUGGAUGGAAAAAGACUGGAAGCAUCAAAUCUGACGAGCCGCAGAUAUGAUGGAUUAGUGCCAGCAUUUUUCAUUCUCAAGGUCUUAAGGCACAAAUGCUUUCUUUGUAUGGACAGUCUCUUCUGAUGUCUCGGGGUUUGUUGUUGUGUACUUCAUGAAAUUCUCUGAACAAAACUGCAAAUAUUAUUUUAAAACUGCAAAAUAAAAUCAGCGCUCCCUAUGAGCUCCUCCCCCACAUUUUCCCAAACAAAUGUUAUACCCACUGUACUACAGGAGCUAAAGUAGGUCAUGCCAAUAUCAGCAGCAGACAAGUGUGCCUACAUGAAAAACAUUCCCUUUGCAAGCACUGACAGUGAAAUAACGCUUCAGCAUGACGAUGUAAAUGAGUCUUUUUAGGCGGAUUUGGACAUUUACCUUAGAGGUCGAGAACUAUACUAAUCAGCAAACAGGUGAUGUAGUGGGCCAGAGCUAAAACUGUGUAUCAGAUAACAGUAAACAUUUCCAUUGAGGCAGCUAACAGGCUUCCCUGCUGAAGUUGCUUUCGGUCGUAUCACUGCAGGCUAAUGUCAGGGCUUGUUUACACUCACUCUCAAAUUUUAUUCAUAGCGAAGCAAUUAACUUCCCUGAAGCAGCAGUGGCAGAUGUUCAAUUAAACAUGCAUACCAGUGAAAUCAAUUUGUACCUGCUUAAAUAUUACUGGUUUAUCAUGCAUUUGGUAUCAGCCAACUCAAGUGGUUCCUCUUCAGGAGAGAGUAUUGGAGACAGACACAUACACACAGAGACAGACAGGCACACAAACUCAGCCUGUGUUUAAAAUGAAACAGAAUUAAUUGUUGGAGUGAUUGAGUUGUCUUGGAAAUACUAAACACCAGUAAAACAAUACUAGUUUCCUCGGAACACUCAAGGACAAACAAAUCAGUUUAUCUCACUUUUUAUUCUGAGGGUUCAGCUGAGCGAAAGAAGACAAUUCACAGUUUUUAAAACACUCUUUUCUAGGGGGAAAGAGAUUUAAUCAUUCACUCUAAUCCCUGAUAUACGUCCCCAAAAGUUAAAGAAGUAGUAACUGGUAUGUGUUGCAUGACCACUCUGCUCUCAGGUCAACUGAGGCAGGAGAGGGAGCAAGAAGAGGGAGAGAGGGCUGCAGACAUCUGUCACAUUAAAGCUCGCUCCUGCAAACUAAACCUGAUUGGUUGCGUGAUUUCCAAUGGGUGAUAUAAUACAAAGGAGCAGGCGCUCGCAUACACAGAGCAGACACACGUUAUAAUUCAAACUGAAUUUCUGAUGAAAUAUCGUUGCCUGUGUUGUAGCUUUAAGAGAAACAGCCUCGUGUUCAGGAAUCGCAUGUUUUGCUUCUAUUUGAGUGUGUCUGCUGUGGAGUGCAGGGAUUUUAUAGAGUAGAGAAAAAGUGAUUAGUACUACAGUUCGUUAAUGACUUCCUCUCUGUGUGUGGGCGCACAAACGCCUUUACAGAAGUAGAGUUAGAGUCAUGAGUACGGUGGCCACACUGGUAAAAGCUGGUAGGGGUCGAGGGUAUCCAGAAAGACUAUGCAGGUUUUGGAGUUAUCUAAAUGAGAGACAAUGCUGCAUUCAAGUUAAUAAUGGAAGAUGUUAUUUACUUCUGUGGGACAUAACCAGUGAGGAUCUGGUUUCAAAGGAGAAUAAAGUAGUGGUAGUACUCCUGCCAUUUCAUACAGCUGUGGUUUCCCCAAGAGGGGCAUUUUUAUUUUUAUUUUUUCCAUACUGGGCGAUCAUGUAACGCUCAAUGCAAAAAUGAGAAGUUGCAUUGAGCAGGUUGAUAUAGGGCUGUCCCAACAUGAUAUUGAUAUUGGAUAUCGGUCUGAUAUCAGCCAAAAAAUCAAAUAUUGGGUUGUAUUGGCCUGCAUCUAAAAUCUCCUGUAUCAGCAGUACAAGCAGUCCAUUUCAGACUGCAGGCUGAAUCCGGGUGCUACUAGCCAGAGGUGGCGGACUCCACUCCGCACCCGGAUCCAGCCUGCAGAGCCCAUGUGAUCACAACAACAGUGUGUAUUAAGGUACAUACAAAGUAGCAAGGAGUAGAAGUGAUGUUGGCUGUGUGGUAGUAUUUUUUUGUUAAAGUCUGAAAUAGACAUCGCAGCUAAGUGCAAAACUUGUCAUGCACAAGUUUGUGCUAAUAUUGGAUCAAUAUCGGUUUCAGCCGAUACUGAAGGCUACAAUAUCUGUAUCGUAUCAGAAGUCAAAAAGUUGUAUCAGGACACCCCUAGGUUGAUAGCGAUCUGAAGACUGCCCACCAGUUCAGUCCAACGUUCAAAAAAAAAUCAAGUGAUUUUAAAAGGUUUAUUUUUGCAGCUGCUUCAUGGAAAUGUUUUAAAGCUUGUUAAAAGAAUUGGGUUUGCUUAUCUUCAGUUUGUGUAAUCCAGUGUAACUUAAAUUACUGUGAUGUUUUCUCAAGACACAUUAUUUUUUACUUUUUAAUGAUGACACACCGUGUAAAUCAAAAAAAGGAUGCUGAGCUCACCGAGUCAGAUAUUCAUCUGAGAGAAACCAUAGAUUUAUGCUUCAAAGGUAGCUUUUGCUUUUUUAAGAGUACCUGCAGAGCUUUCUUACCAGUUAACAGAGUGUAAACAUAAAUAUGUAUAUUAUUUCACUCUGAAGUUUUUCACCCUUUAAUUUCCCUUUUGAAAUCUGGAAUUUCCUCCCUGUUGGGACUAAUAAAGGAAUAUCUUAUCUUAAAGUUUGUUUCUGUCUAGAGCUGGUUUUGUCAACUUUGACUUUGUCAGUCUUUCUUUAAAGGGUACAGCAAUACUAGAGCAGCAUGCUUUAAUAACCCCAGGCGAUGUGAGUGGUGUACCACACAUUUGACUUCCACGCUCACUUUUACCCACUCCAAACUGUCCCACUUUUUCAUGAGGGCUGAAGCCUGAAAACCCCAGAACAUCAUCAGCAGUCUGUUCUGCAAUUUCUUGUCACCUGUUGUGUUCAAUCAAGUUGACGUGCAUAACUUUUUUCUAUUUUAAAAAUCCCUUGAUAAAUUAUGGAGUGUUCAGCGCGGGGAGAUUAAAGGCUUUAGACAGAGCCAUGAAGCAGAAUUUCAGGCCUGCGUUUUUUGGCACUUUUCCUGUUUGUCUGCAUGAUUAUAUACUUGGCUGCAUUUGACAUUGUUGACGCAGAGGUAAGUCUUCAGAGGUCACAUGUCACUCCUCCCUCACCUCUCUGUCUUUACCCUCUUCUCAGUUUUCCCCUUCCUUUCAGGCCUCUCAGCGAUGUCUAACUUUGAACAUUGCAGAAGAUAUCAUGAAUAUUGUAUAGCCUGCCCUGUUAACAUGAUUGGUUUUUCUCCCUCUCUCUUUCACUCUAUUGUUUGUCUGCGUCUCUCCCUCCAUCUCUUCUCUCUACAGGGGAGGAUCCCAAGAGAAAGACAAGGCAGUGUCCUCAUCCAUAGUAUCCUCUGUUCAGUCCAAAAUAACUCAGGUAUUGUUCUUUGCUUUUAUCUCAUUUAAGACUUUUGCUGAUCUCCACAGCCGGUGGGAUACAGGCUUUAAGUGUUGUUCUUUGUUUCCAUCAGGGAAAGUGCAUAGACGCAAAGUGCUGUACAUUUUCACAGUCAAAAAUAUACCCUAUUCUUUAUGUAAGACCUUCAAAAACCUUUUGUUGAAAGUCUUGAGAGUGCAGCUCUCAGUACAAUCAUGCUUUGUGUUCAGCUCUGGCUUCUAGUGGUAUUUAUGGCAUUUUGUUCACCCUUAAGGUUGGACUUGCAACACCAUUAGCAACGCACUAUCCUUUCAAAAGCAUCCAACAACAUUUGAACGCAACAUGUUACCCCACAGCUGACCAUUAAAACACAUAGUUGGCCUGUAACGGGUGUCGAGGUUUGCAAACCACUGAUAUUUUCCUGAGUACCAUUCCUGUGAGUGAGCAAGCUGCCACCAAUUUCACCCACUUAGAAUAACAGCUCAAAUUUUGGGUCAUUUAUAACAGGAGGAAGAUAUGUGUGUUAGCGCACUACCAACGGAUAGCAUACAGUGUGAAUAUACCGAAAGGAACUCCUGGACGGUGUGUCUUUUUCAGCGCCCUCAGUAUGUCUGCAGUUCAUCGAUUGCUGACCUAGACGCUUGCCUGUACUGUUCGACGUGGUAAAGUGCUGCUUCAGUCAACCAAUUAUAAAUAAGAUAGACCGUUAGUACGUUUUCAUUCACAGUUAAAGGGAUAUUCCUGCAUAAAAUUAAGUUAAGGUCAAACACACCGUAACAUUGAGUUAGACACCCCCUUGAGAGAUGAAUUUUGCUGACUGUUUGCUUCUCUAGUUAAACCAACUUUAGUAACGACUGCAUGAUAACAAUACACAGAGGUCUACAUCUCUACCGAAACCUCAACCAAAAAGCCACUCUAUAGCCACCCUGGUUAAAGUAUGGCACUUUUAUACUUGUAUAAAGUAUGCCUGAGAUACUUGUGCCACAACUUAUUACAGGUUUGGUAAGUUUUUGAAUAAUGGUUAAAGUCAUUAAAACAUAAAGUAAAAUUCCUCGAAACAAAUGAAUUCACACAGAAAUGAUAACACUUCUGUUUUCACCAUAAGGUUUUCAAAUACCUGAUUGUAUCAAUAUGCACUGUCAAAUAAGUCAUUGUGUUGAAAAUCAAGUGAAAAUUGGAAAAAGCCACUUUUAGAUUUUUUUUGUUGUUGUUGUUGCAAUUAUGAAAAUUGAACUUGUGGGAGAAAGUUCAAUUUUCUUUCUGUAGAUGAUGGAAAAAUGUAUGAAGGUGGGAUAAGAGGGUAAGGAAAUGGGAGUGGGACGAGGGGUGAAGAAAGGGGGGAUGGAGAAGUUAGUUUGAAGAGAAGGGGUCAGAAGUAGGGAGCUGAGGAGUCGUUGACCGUUUCCUCUUCUUCAAGCUCUUUGGCAUCCUAAAGCCCAGAAAAUGCCUCGUCCUUUUCAGCCAUCUCUUCCUGACGUCUGCCAUUGUGGUCAGGCUAACAGGAGCUCUCAUAGCCUCCUGUUGAGUCUUAAUAACAGUGGAGACCUCUGUUCUUUAAAUUACAGCAAUCACACUCCAGGCUCUGCAUGCAACCCCUUUUUCCAAAGAACAAUGCUUUCUGUGCUGUACUUUCACAUUAGAUGGAAUAAUCAUCAUGACAACAGUCGAGAUUCACUUGCAGUUGCAACUCAAUUUAUUAUUAAUCAAAAUGCACACUACGGCUAAAAUUAUGAGUGGCCAAACUGCUAUUAAAAGUCUCAUUUCAAAAGCACAACUUUAAUCAUUACUAAGUCUUCUUCUUUGGACAAUAUAUUAGAUGAUAAGAAGUUCAUUUAAAGUAAUGGCCAUGUGUAUUUACGUGGCGAUAUUAGCUGUAGCUUUUUUGUGGCUUGAGGGAAGUUUACAAAACUUUCUAGCUGCAGGUGUUGGCAGGGGUUAUGGUUUUUCAGCCAAGUGCUCAUGUUGGAUUUGAUUGUAAAAAUAGUGUUUUAAAAAGGAGGGGAAAUCCCAAAACAAUCUGUUGUCUUAAAUUUAAGAGAUUAAUCAAAACAUUUUUAACAGCCUUAGACCUGUUCACGGAGGGAAAAAAAUGGUCCCUCAGCUUUUGCAUUAUCACAAAAGCUGGCUUGUUUCAUAUGUUACAUAAAAAGUAGCCUAGUGAUGGGCCACGUCUGUCACCCAUGAUAGAAUAUAUGCAUGGCGGUGCACACAUUAAUCACAAUGUAACCUAGAAACACAUCUGGCCAAUAAAUUCUCACCCCAGAACAUGUUCCCCUUCACUCCCACUUGUUUGAAAUUCUAAUGUCCAAUUUAUGGCUGCUUUCCUGCUGCUUCAGAUUUGCACCUUAAUCACAUGCAAGGACAUGCACCUGAUAACAGAAGGGGAGGAGAAGGGUACACGAACUUCAUAAAAAGGUGUUAUGAUGUUAUUUUUCCAACUUUAUAAGAUGUUUAUGUCUCUUGCUGGUUGAGAAAAUGGAUAAAAUAUUGCAAUCAGUGGUAAUAGCAGCUUGUUUUCUCUUUGUUGUUAUUCCACUGUUUUGGCAGCUCUCCUCUGAUAUCCAGCACUUUUAAGAUUAAUUUAAACGUCUUGUUGAUUUGAUUAACUUUGACCGCUGUAGGGACACAGUCAGGCACCCCUCAAUACCGACUCAAAAUAAAUCACCUUGAUUUGUCAAAAAACUUUGAACCAAUCCACGAUGAAAGACAUUUCCUGACAUCCAUGGCUGUAAUUAUAAGUGCUCAUUGGUUUCUGAGCCUUGAUCAACAUCUUUGAUUGAUAACCCUGAAAUAUCAGUAAUUUUAUUUCUGCUUGUUACUUCACUCCAAGAGGAGAUGAAGUGUUUUGAUUUAUUGAUUCUCAUUAGCACUUAGAGAGCAGGGCCCUGUGUUUGUAUUAAUAGAGAAUAUAACCUGUAGCCUUAAUAAUGUAUUGGUGAUAAAUUAUUUAGUACUGAGAGUAUAAGAAAUCGAGUGUAGCAGCAGUAAUAUCUACAAGAAAGCAGAGUUGCACUGAAUAUAGAGAGGCUGCAGUCUGGGCCAGAAUGCAACAAGCAUGGGGACUGAAGCUAAUGGAGGUCAAUAGACUGUGAAUGGAGAGGCAACGUGAGCAACUCUGUGAACAGUGUUACAGCCCACACUGAAUCAGGAGUGCUGCGCCUCUUCUGUGAGUGACAGAGUGAGUUUUUGGCGUUUACUCCUCGCAGAUACAAAACAACACAUUUCUCAUCUCCUCGCGCUUCUCUCAUCGACGAAAACAUCUUCUGUCUCGGUCUUUCUCAUCAUGUCGAAACAAACAAACACUUUUCCCCCCUCCUGCCUUCAUCUCGACAUCCCCAACAGACGAUCGCUCAUGAAAACAUGCUGUUCACCAGCAUUGCAACAUGCACAGAUUCACAAGCACUAACUACUUGUACCCCAUCUGUGAUGUUUUACAAACACAUCUUGAAUAAUUCAGCACAUCCUCAUCUGCCUAAUGGUCUCUUCCUCCCUGAGGGUGCCUGCUAGCUGUUCGCCUCAUCCGUCUCUCAUUUUCCUCCUGUUUGUCGCUCUUUCUCCAUCUUUUGUCCCUCUCUGCUUUUUCUUUGAUAGAUGAUUGGUGCACCUUGAAAGCAGCCUCUGGGCUUUAUUUUAGGUCUUUUAUGAUAAAGGUAGGAUUGUUUUUUUUAUUCUCUAGGAAGUUAAUAUGUAUCUGUAUGGAGCCCUAGAGUGGCCAUAAAAAGAAAACGAUGUACCCAAGAUUGGACUCAAUCAAAAAGCUGAAAUGUUGUUGUGUUCACACCAGAUAAAAUUUGUUCUAUUAGUUUGAGUUAUUCAGAGGUAGAAAAGCAAACUCUAACCGACUCAAGAACCUCAACAAACGGGAAAAUAAUGCUUUUGGAAUAGUUUAACUUUGACCUUGUGAUGAUAAGUCAUCGGUUUUAUUCUCAUUGAUAAGAUCAUACUGUUUAAGGAGUGAGCAGACAUCUCAGCUGUUAUCUCGACAGAUAGGAGCUUUCCUUGACCAAUCCUUCCCCACUUCUCCUCUACUAUGGAGUGACCGCUGUUUGAAGUCACGCCCACAGCUGAAUGGAGCCCCUUUCAUCAAGGCAGAGGGAUCACAUAAAACCUUAAGCUCUGGGACAAUCUCCCCUCACUUCCACUUAAAACAUUCAAAUAACCAUGGUUACAUGUCAUACCAAUAUUUAGCAGUUGAUAUAAAUAACCAUUAAGUAGACUUUCUUAAAUCCAUCCUAAAUAUGUGGAAAAAGCAUAGUACUGUAAAUUAUGGAGCGUCUAUCAUGAUGGGCAAUAAUCGGUGUUACACAGGGUGAAUAAGCAAGUAUCAUUCCCACAAAGCACAUCUUUACCUGCUGGCUGACUUCACCAUUACAGCUCCAGGGGGUCACUCAAGGUCACCUGUUAAAGGGAAAUUCCAGCAUAAAUUUGAGUUAUGGUCAAACACAACGUAACACCGAGUUAGACACCCUCUCGAGAGAUGAACGCUGCCGACUGCUUGCUUCUCUAGUUAUACCAACUUCAGCAACGACCGCAUGAUAGCAACAUACAGCUGUCUACGUCUCCUCAUGCAAACCUCAAAAUGUAAAUGUACUUAAAUGUGCGCUGGAAUAUCCCUUUAACACUAGCUAAAAUAGUGCUGUGCUUUACAGUGACAAAUGCAUACAAUGAGAAGGCUUCCCCUUGUCUUGUUCUCAGUGUGCAUCAAAGUGGUCUAAACCUUGUACUCAACAGACUAUAAAAAGACAACUCAGUCCCACAUACGUUGGCUGCUUGUUCGGUUGAGUUACAGAAGUCCUUGCAGAUGUACUUUGUGUGUGACAGAAUGAGAAACAGACUGAUCUGAUUCAUGUUUUUAAUGACAGCUCUUUUCCUGCUUUACCAAUGGCAGAGCCUUGGAAUGAUUCCCCUGUCUGUUUAACCAAAUACUUCCCACCGCUGUGAGUGACUGGAGUAGAAGAGGUUUGGCCUCUGACAGCUCCCUGGCCGCUCCCAGCAGCGGGAUCAGCACCUUUGAGAGUGUUUUGGCACUCAGUCGGGACUAUUGUGCUGCUGCUGCUGACAGAUUGUACCAUGCACCAACUCAAAAGCAUUUUAAGCAAUCAAUGCAGCACAGCAUGGCCAGGAUUAAGAUAAAGUAUGCUUUGUUUAGAUGGCCACUUCCCGCAUGUUAAACAGGGUUUGUUUUGUUUAAUUUUGCGAGUAUUGCAAAAGAAAAAAAGCAAGGUCCAAUCUAACACAAAAUCCUGUCCAAAGUGUUAAUGUGAUUGUGUGCCUCAGAGAAAGAAAAAUCAUUAUUUUCUCAACAGUUGUGGCCGUUUUAGUGCAUAAUAGUGUGUCUCUGUCUGCAUUAAGUAAAAUAUGGUGAAAAUUCCUUUUUGUGUACAAUGAAACAAAUUUACUGAAGUAUUUAUAGGUAUUUGAACCUUAACUGAGGCUAACAAAUGAGCGAUCAGGAUAGUAAAUGCACAGUUAUGGGAUCACCCCUCCUGACCAACUCUUGUCAAACAAGAUAUGAAAUAAAGUGAAUAAAUAUACAGCUCACUCAUCCAAUCCCACCCACAUCCUUUACUUUCAGAUAAACCACAUGAUGUUUCAAUGCCAUCUAGGCUGCUGUAGACUGAAGUUGGUUUUAGUGCCGCAGAGUUCAAUUGUUCUGAUAAAGAAGAGAGUCAGAUAUUUCCUUUUUUCCCAUCAUGCCAGAAGCAACUUUUCAGCUGAAUGCGACAUGUGACUUUUCACUCAAAGGCAGCGAAGUAACAGCAGCACCCCUUCUAAAAAGGUUUUGUAAAGGCUGUUUUAAAAAAAAAAACUUGUACUUUUCAGCUCACUGUGACUGCUUCUUGGUCCUUUGCUCUCCCCAACAUUCGAAACUGAUCGAGUCAAAAAUGUCAAAGAUAACCUUGGCUAGUUUUGUAUCUACUUCACAACGAAAUGGUUUUCAGAUGUAGCCUUGAUGACGGCUGAUCGCCUCCGUAGUGAACAAUAAAGGCGGAGUAAACAUUAGGUUUGCAUACCAAUAUCAACAUAGAUACUGAUCUGUGCAUUAACUUCUGCCUCAUGUGUCUGUUAACACUGAUAGAAUAUAAAGGGCAAGCAUUCCUUUGAAAAAGAGCUCUGCUUAAAGAGCAUGAGAUCACUGACAUCUAUGAAGAAACAGACUUUGGACUUCUUUACUGCUUUCAUAAACAAAGCAUGACCUGGACAGAACCGGGCCUCUCUGAGUAAUAGCAUGUAGAAACUUUAAUUUCAUGCGGGAAUGCAUGACGGCACCCCUAACAAUGAGUAAUGCCACACACAGAGAUAAUUAAAGAAUAUGGAUUUAUUGAUUGAUGCUCUCUGAUAAAUAGCCAACUGUUAAUAGCGGCCAGAAAAGAGGUUUAUUUGAAUAGAAGCCUUUCUAAACAGCAGGGAAUUGCUUCAUUUCUCUAGAAACAAUUAAUGAUAACUGUAAAAAAGAAGAAAAAAAACAGCAUCAGCAUUAAUUAAAACUGCUUAAAGUUGAGAAUACAAAGAAGUUCAAGCUGCUGAGAAGAAUCACACAGAUCCCCCCCCUCCCAUCACCUCUUGCCUCAGGCCUUUCUCAUCCAGGCCUGUUCACUUCUAAUACAGUAAUUUGGGCGUCCCCUUGAAUUAAUGAUAUACAAACAAUCCAAUUAAAGGGCCUCUGUGGGUAAAAUGAACCUCAUCAGAUCUACAUUUGCCACUGCUCACUCACAGUGGCAAAUGUGAGUCAGCUAGGCUGAGCAGAGAAGGAGGUUUGGAUUAUUGUAUUUUUAUUUUUAAUGAUCUUUUUGACCUUUUGAUAUCUCUUUUUUUUUAGAGGGCAAGGCUGGUUAGAGUUGGGAACUGGGAAAAGAGAGAGGGGGAUGACAUGCAGCAUUGAGUGAUGGGUCAGAUUUGAACAGAGGCUGUCUUUAUAAUUUCACUCAAGGCCAGAAAAUGUUCACAAUAAUGGUACUAUUGAGCAGUUUUUUCCCUCCUCCGCCUCUGAUUCAACAUUACACAUGUGCAUGAAUACCCCAACUACUGCUCCAUACUGCAAACCAAUUACCGAAGCAAUAUUGCCAUAUGCUUAUCUUUGAGUGAUGGCCAUGCACUUACUUUCAGUUCAUAUAUGGAGGGUACAUCGCUCACAAGGACGGCCAGCAUUCAAUUCUGACCUGUGGCUCCUUUCCUGCUUGCCACUUUCCACUUUCCUCCUGUUUCCUACUCUGUCCACUGCUCUGUUUUCUUAAAAUAAAGCCGACAAGCAGCAAAAUAUAUCUCCAAAGAAAAAUAAGACUUUUCAACAGUACCAUCGUACUGUGACAGCCCUUAUUUGAGCCCUAAGACUUUUGAGAGCCGUGGCUUUUGUACAUGGGGUGCACAAUUUCACAGCAGCCAGUUAUCUUUUUUUUGUUUGUUUUGGGGUUUUUUUUCAACUCUUCAAACAACACAAGAAAUAUUAAAUCUGUGCAGUUGUGUUGUAAUCGUAAUUAAAGCUACUGUAAGGAACUUUAAGUUUGUGUCAAUCUGCCUCUCUAAGACAAAGCUGUCUGAAGAGGAAAUGUAUUUUGACAAAAAACAAAAAAACACACCCAGUUGACUGAAAUAUGUAAUUUAUGAUGAUUAUUAGAUUUUAAAAAAAGUAAAAACAGAUGUCCAAUUUGCAUAAGUUUCAGGCAUUAAAAAUUGCCACAUACAAAUUAUGAAUCUCGUCUCUGCCGGCCUUGUCUGUUUUUGAGUAACAUUAAAGGAAGAAUACAUGUUUCGGUUUAUUUCAUAAAUGUCAAAAAAUGUUCACGGGAGCUUUAACUUUUAAUUUCAUACAUUUAUAGGCAGUACAUUUAGCAACCAAAAAUGUCAUCAUUGAUCAUAGUGACAUCCUACUCAGUUGAUUGUGAUGUGAAGCUUGUUUCUCACAUUCUGUAAACACAACAACAAAAAAACAAAAACUUGUGCUGGUGUGCUCAGAUACACAAGGGUUUGGAGAGAAACAGCCUUUUGAGUGAUUUGAUAUGACAGCCCCUUUCCUCUGUGAUUACAGCUGUUAAUUUGUCUCAUCUGUCAGGAGAGCUCAAGGGUGGAGAUUUGUCCAUGCGUGUAUGAAUCACUCCUGAAACCCAAAUUAACACUUUCUCUCUUCAGCGGUACCAGACUUUUCCCAGCGGUCAGCGAUAAUACCUGAAAAGGGGAGUUUAGAGGGAGGAGGAGGGGUUUGGGCAUUCUGUUACAUGUCCUUCUCUGUCAUAUCUUCAUCUUCUAUCUCGUGCUCUUUGCUUUCAUCUGCAGCCUCACUGUUUAUUUGUGCGCCCUAUCCUUGACUAUAUCCCCUUUUCCUUUGAGUGUUUAAAAAAGUGUAAAUAGCCGCUGUGACGUCACUCGUUUGUGGACCGGCUUUUUGAACUUCAAACGCUUAAAUAUCAAAGUUGCACUGUGUAUGCCCGAGGCAAAUUCAUCAUCUGGCUGAUUUGAUAGUUACGGACAGUUUCACCCAGAGAAUGAGGUUCUGUUUGUGGUGAAGGUGACGAGGGUUAUUUAUUUAUUGGACUUAAAAAGCGAAGAGAGCUUGUGACGCAUAGCAAACUGGCUCGCACACAAAUCUGGUGAGCAGCGGAGAUGUCUGGGGAAAUAAACCAUCGAGAGCAGGCUGUUAACAUGUAUUUCAGCUGUGUAUUUUAGGAAAGUUGGACAUUUUAACACAAGGCUCUAAAGGGAUUUACUUUUUACUUUUGGGGGAAGACUCAAGUGGCCGUUCAAGAAACUGCACGCAUCACUCUUGGUUUAUUAUUCAGACCAGAGUUUGUUUUUCACUGUUUUUCAUUGUUCAUGUCCUCUCUACAGAGCAGAGCAGAAUGAAGAUUAAGUUUCAAGUUUGGUAGGAGGUAAUGGAUUCAAUUCCCAGUGCUUUGGGGGUUAUUUCUUUUCUUAAAGUACAUCAUGUGUUUAUAAGUAGAUAUGGAAAGCUCCAAAUAGCUUGAGGGCUGACAGCACAAUCCUUGAUAUUUGAAAGUUUAUUAAACUUUACAUGAGUGGUGGUUUUUAUGGAGUUUGGUGAGAGCCACAAUAACACAACCAACAGUCAUGGAUGAGCAAAAACAGAGGAAAAACACAGAGCAGGGUUUUAGUUACUGAGUAUAAACCGUCAGCUGAAAUAGGUGGGAAUCACCAGUGGCCCCACGGUACGAUAUUCUCACGAUAUUUGGACCACGGUACGAUAUUAUCGAGAUACUUGGGCCACUGUACGGUAUUAUCACGAUACUUGGGCCACAAUACGGUAUUAUCACAAUACGAUAUUAUCACAAUACUUGGGCCACUGUACGAUAUUAUCAUGAUACUUGGGCCAUUGUACAAUAUUAUCACGAUAUUUGGGCCACUGUACGAUAUUAUCACGAUACUUGGGCCACUGUACGAUAUUUUCACGAUACUUGGGCCACAAUACGAUUAUCACGAUAUUUGGGCUACUGUACAAUAUUAUCAUGAUAUUUGGGCCACAGUACGAUAUUAUCACGAUACUUGGACCAUGGUAAGAUAUUAUCACAGCAUUUCAGCCACGGUAUGAUAUUUUCUUGAUGUCUUAUAAUUGCAAUUUUUAACAUUUUGCAAUACAGUGAGUAUUGCGAUACGAUAUAUUGUGAUUUUCCUUUUUUCAACUGUUGAUCAGCUGACUAGCUGAUUUAGCAUUUUUCUUUUCCUUAUUUCUCUUAUUUACACAGUAUUUUAUUUUCAUGUAGCACUUCUUGCAAAUUUUAAUCUUUCCAUUAUCAUAGAUUUGACCUCAUAUCAAGAAUUAAUAUGAAAAAUCAAUACUUUUAAAAUGAGAUGAUACGAUACAUCACCAGACAAAAUAUUGCGAUACUACGCUGUAUCGACUUCCUCUCCCACCCCUAUCAGCUGAUGGAUAAAAAGAGGUCUGCUUUAUAAUUCAGCUGCUGUAUGAGCAUAUUAAAGCAUUAGUUCUUGUUUCAGGUAAUCCUGUCUGUCACAUACUUUAAAAUAGAUUAUUUUCUUUGUAUUGCACCAUCCUGCUAUCAACAAUCCCUAAUGUUCAUUUUCAGUCAUAACAAGGUGAAGCAACUUUGUGUGAAGAUGUGAUGUACUAAUAAAACUCACCUUUUCUUUCUCUGUCUGUCUCGUGUUUUUUUAGGAUCUGAUGGCCAAAGUGCGAGCCAUGCUUGCCACCUCAAAAACCUUCCAGCCUCCGAACUCCUGAAGAAACCACCGCUUUCCACUAGCAACGUCACCAUUAGCCAAUCAUCAGGCAGCAUUCAGUUUCACCUUCCAGUAUUUACCUGGACGCUCCCAGUCCUCUUGAUCUGAGCCCUGAGUUGGACGUUAAUUUGACCUGACUCCUGGAGUGAUGCGAAAGCAUUCACCGAGCUGAAUAUCUCGUUUCACAGCUGACAUGAGAGAACAGCUCCUCAGCUGGAAGAUCAUGUCACAUGUCGACAUGUUUUGGUUCGGGGAGAAUGUGAAAAUGAUUCAUAUGUAUUUGUCAUCCCGUUUUCAAACACAGCUCUCACAUAUUUUGACAGACGGUCUGUGCAGCAUUACCUGAAGCCGCUGGAGGUCUGUAUUUGCUCCUUCUAUGAAGGGUUGUGAGGGGUUUGAUCAUUUUAGUUUUCUCCUUCUUCUCUCUUUUCAAAUAUUCUCAAUCCUCUCUUCUGCCACCCUGCAGUUUUCUUUUCUCCCCUGCACCUCACCGCUCGAUUUGAGAAGCUCUUUUAUUUUCUCCUCUGUCCUUCAGCUCUAUUGUGUGGCCUUGAAAUUUUCUUUGUUUGUAAUGUAAUUACUGAAAUGCAGAAGAACUUUGUUACCCAAAUUGUCAAUAAAAUUUCAUUUAUGACUCAGUAGUGGAGUUUUUUCCCCUUUCUCCUGCUGCCUUUUCUCUAUCUUUGUCUCUUUAAUUCCUGUAGGACACACCGGGGUUCAAAUCUCAUCUAAAGACUCACCAACCCUCCUCCCUCUUCUUACCUCCACCUUUUCUGUUUAGGCUAUGCUGAUAAGAUGGUAGAGAUAAUGUCUCCUGAUCACAAACUUUCUCCUCCACUGGCUGUAGCAAAAGUUCACUGUCGCUGCAGCAUUGCAGAUAAACCCGACAGACAAAACUGUUGAUCGGCUGAAAUCCUGUGGGUGCUCCUCUG